AUGAAUAGCCCACGGACCGCCAUUCCCCAACUCAACGAGAUACGUCGGGAGAACGAAAUAGGCACCUCACCUGAAACCGAGUUUGACGCCCCUACACCUCCUCCUCCGCCUCCUCCUCCUUCAUCGGAACCAGCCAUUUUCCGACCCAACGACUUCGGCACAACCCGCGCGUCGCGACCAAUGUUCCCCAAUCUUCCGAGUACGUUUUCUGCCCACCUCAGAUCGCUAUCCAAUUUGUUUUACGCUUCACGUAUGGGGGUGAGAAAAUGCGACUUCCAGUCCUUGUUACAGCGACGGUGCUUGCGCGGUCUUUAAAACAGCUGCUUCAUUAGCCUGCGUUUUUGGACUUUUACAGGAGUCCUCCACAACAGGUUAUUCGAGUUUGACAGCGUGUGAACAGCUUUGUAGUCAGACAGUGAAGGGUGGGAAAGGAAAACUAGUUAGGGUCUGUGGCUGGGUUGCGUUCCCGCCGUCCAACCUACAGCGGCCUCAUAGCGAGGGCUGAGUCGCUUUGCGACCGUGGGAGUAGGGCGAGCUUGGCUCUUCUGUUUGUUUCAGACCUCGUAAAUCCAGCUGCAGGGUUGCCUGCUCUGCAUUUUGUUGCCCGUAUAGCAGGUUCGUUUACUUAAGGCGGUUUUUAUUUUUGUUCUCCUCAAACUCACCUUAAGUUGCAGAAUUUGUACCUGAAACGGAAUUCGUCUGCAAAUCUCACAAGUAUUCUCUACAGUAGUAAGUGGAGAGUUUGUUAACCGUAAAUAUUAUGCACAUCGGAAAAAUAAUCGUCGUUGUAUCGUCUGUUAACUCAGACGCAAUGUACAGAUGAACACCUAAAGUUCUAUUACACGGAUGUUCCUGCAGCUGCCUUAUUUGAACUUAUGGACCUUUGUUUAGAAAUCAAUUUUUUGUUCGAUCACCAAUAUUAUCAACAACUAAAAGGUGCUCCAAUGGGAUCACCCAUAUCUGGCUUUCUUGCCGAGGCGACAAUGCAGAAAUUGAAAUCGGUGGCUCUUCCAUUAGUAUGAUAUGCAGACGACACGUUUGUCGUCGUUAAAAAGAAUCAACUAGAAAUACUCCACAACACAAUCAAUUCAACCAUUCCGCGAAUCAAAUUCACGUUGGAAAAAGAACUUGACAAUAAACUCCCAUUUCUAGAUGUUCUCGGCGGAACAUUACAUACGUCUGUUUACCGCAAAGAGACAUAUGCGGAAACAAUUUUACACUAUGAGAGCAACAGUCCGAUCUCUCACAAGCGGAGCACUGCCAAAAGUCUGAUUCAUCGAGCAAAAACACAUUGCGCUGAUGAAGAAAGCUACAAAGUUGAACUAAACUACCUAUUUGAUUUUUUUCCCAAAACGGUUACCCUAGAGAUUUCGUACAUCGAUGCAUGAGACAACAAGAGCUAAAAACAAAGGAACUAGAUAGUUCAAAUCAAGCGCCCAAAACAAACACUUAGCAAAUCCUUCCUUACAUCAGGAAUGUAUCUGAACUUGUUGAAAGACACUUGAGGAAACACCAGAUAAAAGUGGCGCACAAGCCGACGACUACCUUACGCACUCAGCUUGUACACCCUAAGGAUAGGAUUGGCUAUCUCAAUAGAAAAGAAGUCGUCUAUAAGAUCCCAUGCGAUGCCUCUGAUGCCGUAUAUUGUGGCCAAACGGGAAAAUUUGCCUCUACACGCAUCCACGAACAUCAACUUGCAGCUAACAGGCGAGACCACUUGUCUCAAAUAGCCAUGCACACUCUUGAUACUGGGCACACUUUCGUAUGGGACAAAACUCGCAUCGUCGGGGUUAGCCCAUCUAAAAAUGGCCGAGAGUUUCUUGAAACCAUGCACUCUGAUAAAUAAUGCAUCAACCAGCAUAUCGAGUUAGAUGCCACUUUCAAAAAUCUCAGAGAAAAGUGGAAGAGACGAAAGCCGAUCAAUACGGCCUGACACAUACGACGGCAACUUAUUAGCUGAGGCAUCAAAUGAGUAUUGCUUUUGUUGCACGUUUGAAAUGUUAAUUGUUUUCUGCACAUAACCUCUAGUCUGACGACGACACGGAGAACCGACGUCGAAAAUUUACUCAAUGAAGUUUUUUAUCUUUCCCAAAGAACGUAUUUGAUCUCAAAUUUUUUUCUUGGGAUGCCAGCGUUCCAAUUUAUUCGCAUAUGUAUAUUUAUAUAUUCACUCAGAAAUAAGCGCACACCGAUCCAUUGGCUUCUUGAAGCAAACAAGCUUCAUAUGGGCGAUAGAGGUCACGAACAGGCAACCACCUACAGGCCGAAGUCGGCCAAGCUAUGAUAGCAGAGGGGAGACGACAGAGUCUGGGGGUAGAUUGAUACAGCACUGUUUCGGGCUUGUUUGCCUUCAUUCAGCCAAUCAUAAACCUGACCACCAGCAGCUGGUACCGGAAACACAAACAUGCGCUCAGACGCACCUGGCGCAGCUGGUCCACCACUGGGGUCUACCAGAUUGGUCAUAAGCACUUCAUCGAACCUAAGUUCAUCAGUGCCUCGCCACCUGCCAUUCUCUGUCGCUGCAGACCGGGUAUUUAUUCACCCAGGAACGGGCGCACACCGAUCCAUUGGCUUCCCGAAGCAAACAAGCUUUGUAUGGGCGAUAGGGGUCACGAACAGGCAACCACCUACCAGGCCGAAGUCGGCCAAGCUAUGAUAGCAGAGGGUACCAGCUGCAGGUUGUCAGGGUCAUGAUUGGCUGAAUGAAGGCAAACAAGCCCGAAACAUUGCUGUAUCAAUCUACCCCCAGACUCUGUCGUCCCCCCUCUGCUAUGUUUAUAUAUCGUCAUUCGCGUUGAUAUAUAUAAAUACAUAUAUAAAAAGAGAAGGUCCGUAGGAAAAAAACUUUUAUUCGUAGAUCUUCGAGCUGGUUGCACCAACCCCUCGCCAGACGAAGUGAACAAUGAGAGGGGUGAUUAUUACCUCUCAUUUUUCACUUCGUCUGACGACGCGUUCGUGCCACCAGCUCGAAAAUUAACGAGUAAAAGUCUUUUUUUCCGAUCGAAUUCCUCCUUUCGUCAUAUCGUUUCGAAAUGUUUUCUACGUCAGUUUUUCAUACAUAUGUGUGUGUUUGUUUUAAUUUAGAACGAUGUUAGGAAAUUUUUUGAUAACCACACAUAUUAAUUUCAUACACAUUGUCACAUUGUUUGCUAUUUUAUGUCAUUCGCUCAUUUUCAUUAAUUUUGACGAAUGCAAGUGUGCAUAGCCUUCUGAACGUUAGUAGCUGUUGCCACAAUGUCAAAUUGCUGCCGUUAUUUGCUACGUUGAUAUACUCUUUCUCCGAAUAAAGAUGAAUGACCGAAUUCCACAUGUCUAUAUGCGUAACGAAGAAGACUAGUUAAGAAUCCGAAUCAAUUGUCUAUUUGUCCGUGCUCCUCGCACUCGUGCAGCAAAGCUUCUUUAAAGUUAAAAUUAGCAUUAAAACAGACGAAAACUAUAGCGUAACUCAAACAGUCAGCGGUCAGUAACGCAUGCGUGGAGGGGGCUUCGCAGGACGCUGCGUGCCGCCGCCUAGACGGUUGACCGAUCGAUUGAGUACUCAUUCGAGUCACAGGGCUUGCCUUGCAUGUUGACGACCACAUGCAACAGUUCGCCACCCCGUCGCAGAACCAGCUUCUAUGUUCUCACUAGCCCUCCUUGAACAUUCAUUCAGUUUAAAAAAUUGUUUCCAAAACGUCAAUUCCUUACUGGACAAAAGGUCUUCCCUAGGUUUGACGGAGCUUCCUGCUUUUUACAAUGCUCAGGGACAGGCUUUGCGCAAGUACUUGUGUGCAAAUGUAGGCUCCAAGUUUCUCAAAUGUGCAUAUAAUGGACUUGCACUGACGCCAGCAUAUAUGGUAGCAACUCAGGGAAUCUUGGCGUGACUGAGAUCAUUUAUUUGUGUGAUUGUUUCAAGGUGUUGCCCUCUCUCAUCUACCUGAUUUGAAACGGAUGGCGCAUUAGUAGAAGUCAGGCCUGUUUGCGACUCGUAGAGAUGAGAUUCUUAAAGACCUUUACCGCAUUGAAAUCAGAUACUGACGAUGGUUGUACGAUUGAUGCCGCAUGACAUGCUAGCGGUUACUUUGGUCAGAAGGACUUCCAUUAUUUCUGGAAGAAAAAAGACUGGAAUCGUCUUCAAAAAUCAUGUUGGAAUUGAGAAUUUGCGGUGGUUUUGUGGUAAUUGAAUUUUCCCUCAUAAGACAUCCUUAACCGACAUUCCUAAAGAAGAGAUACGUCUGUUUAGCACAAGUACUUGAUGUGCGCUUUCCGACUCACAAAACAUGUGUUAGUCAUUGCUGUGUGUUAUCUCGAUUUAAAAUAAUUUUAUGCCGUUCUCGUGGUAAAAAGUUUGUGAAAUAGUAGGGUUUGAGGUUGCGUAUUCUGAGGUUGGUCGAACGGAUGACGGACUUUAUCUAGAAUUACAAGCGAAAAUGGUUUUGGUUAAUGAAAAAUGUUUUUAUUUGCCUAGUGUCAGACCAGGUAGUCUUAGACUUUAACCACCAGGCACAUUUUUUUCCGGGGUUAAAGUCAAGUAAUUUAUCACAUCUUCCGUGUCUUAAUGGAAAUUAGCUUGCGGAAGUUGGAUCACAGUAAAACUCCCGUUUACUCAUCAAAACAUUUUAUCCGGAAGUAUGGACUUACGUACGCGCACAUCCAUAACUCGCACUAAUUAUUUGGAUUUAAUUAAGCCGUAGGUCCAAAAUGUGGCAGUUAUAUUGAAACGCAAAUAGGCGACUAAAUGUCCAUUAAAUUUUACUGCGUACUCCUGUUAAAGUGUAUCCACUGACCUGACCGGUUUCCAUGGUGAUAGUUGGUGUCACUUACUUUAAUUUCGAAAAAAAUUCGAUCUGCGGGCGAGAAGGCGUCAUCACAAAGGCAAAGAUAGGUUGAACGGGUUGUGAAGAGUAAAAUAAAAUAGGACUCCAGAACUCACCUUCUGGCGUUCGCAUUUGCAUCGUUUUGCAAAGCACCUUCCUGACUGACGAUUUUUGUUAGAAUUCAUCUUUGUUUCUACCGAGCAUGAAGAUUUCAAUUAAACCUUUAUGACCCAGUUUCCUUCGCUGAAAGCCGCCGUGUAUAAGUCAGGACUGCAUAUAAGACAAUUGAUAUACCGUCGUAAGCUGAGAUGAGCACACUCUUGAAUAUCGACGCCUGUGGGCAUCGUCGCUUUUUUAUCCUCCUGUUACUUGCUUUUUCUUACUACUGCACUUUUUAAAGUUAGCAGAACGCUUCAUCGUUUGACAUGGCGUUCCCUUGAAUAUUCAGAUUACUACUCUGUGUUAUGUAUCGCUCUGUGAGGAAAAAAAGAUAAGGUUAUGUUAUAUUCAUCUGUCCUCUGCUCUAGAUUUUUUUAAGCUGUGAAUUUUACGGUAUACCUAAAACAUUACAAGAUGCAUCGAAACUUGCCUUGCUUAAUUUCCGAGGACAUUUUUGCGCGAACUUGGAGUAACUCUUUCGAAACAGGCCUUUUCAGGCACGGUCCGAAAUUUGAUAUGAAUAUUUGAGCUGAAAUCCAUCAGCUACUGCGGAACAACCGCUUACUAUUCACAAACCGCCAACAGGCAGCCAGUAGUAUAGCAUUGUGCAAUAAUUUACCGUACUAACAACACAGGUAGUAGCUAAAAGCCCAGACACGCGUGUUUUGCUGAUCUUGUGCCACUGCCUGACGCAGCUGCGAGGGGUUCGGCUCGUCAGUGGGUCCCCCAGCUUCCCCCGUGUGUUUCCUGGUAUAUGAACUCCAGUUUCAGCUUGCCUUGCUUAAUUUCCGAGGAAAUUAAUGCGCGAACUUGGAGUUACUCUUUCGAAACAGGCGAAACGCGCUUGUCUGAGCUUUUAGCUAAUACCUGUGUUGUUAAUACGGUAAAUUAUUGCACAAUGCAUUGACGCUGCCUGGAUGUUAUUGAUAGCAAAGGAGAGGUUCCACAGAAUCCUUCGCAAGUACGUGACGACCAGGCUACAUGAAGGAAUGCCUGAAUUUAGGAACUUCUGUCUCAGUCAGGGUUAUCUAUUCUCUCUGACGGACAGCUAAGUGUAAUGUAAUUUUUUUCGCGAGACCCCCCUCGUUGUCAGAAAUCGUGUUAGCCGUAGGACCCGGGAAUAUAUACUUGCCCAUUAUUUAAGUGGCCUUUUGCUAACUCCCUGUGAGAUCAGAGUGAGGGUCAGUGUUAAGCUGGUGACAUAGCAAUAGGUAAGGCUCUUGGUGUAUAACACAGGUCCACCUGCACUACGCGGGUGGGAGUCCUUAUUUGCAUGUCUUACCGUACUAACAAGUGUGGGCCGUUUGGGUUAUAAUGUAAUUUUCUCCUUCUAGUGCUCUGUGGGAUUUGUGCACCUGUAAAGUUCCUUUAGACUCCAGCUGACCGAAACUAGUUGGGCCCAUGUUCAUGAAAUGACGGAGUUUUUAAUAUACGCAGCACGAUGAAAGCUCUAGUUGCUUUGAGUGAAGCACACAGCGAAAUAAAAGUGUCUUCGAGUGAAAGGCCUGAAAAGCCGUCAAAGACGGUAUUGAGCUAAACAAAACUACGUCAUGUGCAUCUCACGUAUGCUAUCAUGCUAUAUUGUCCAUCUACUGUAUACUAGAUGUGCUUUACUCAUUCUAGAAUGGAAUAUAUGGUCGUAAAACCAGUCUUUAUGGCUGUCUAGAAAGGAAGGAUUAUUUACUGUUUUACGAUUCCUAAGAGCAUGUUUACCGUGGCGCAACGCAACACACGAUUAGACGCAGUGCGCUUGUAUUUCAUUUAUUCUUUUUAACCUAUUAUGCCAGUUAAAACUAACGGCCCUUGACUCUCGUCAGAGGAAUGAAUAAGUUUUUUUAUAAAAAAUCUGGAAUUUUGAAGUCUCAAAACGGUUAGGAUGAUAUAAAGCUGAAAAAGGGAGUUGACAAUUCGAAAAAAGUUGUUUUCGUAUGGGAAUGUUGAUUUUUAUAUUAGUUUUAACUGUUUACAACGAAUUUGAUUUCUUAAACUUACCUGGCGUGACGGUCAUCAAGACAAGAAAUCUCAAAAUAAUUUGCAAACGCUACUAGAAGACUUAUUUUUUUUCAAAUUCUAGAGCGAUAUCUUGAUAUUUGUAUUGUGCGAGGUUCCAACCAUAGCCCUUGCAACUACUGGAGACAUAUUUGGCGCAGAGGAUACCUCACAUGUGCUCAACCUUCCCACGCACUGGACCAUAGUUAGACUACUUCUGUUUCUGUCGCCUAGAUUACCGUGUGCUUAUUUCCGUCUGCCAAUCACGCAUUAUUGUCUUAUUCGUUGUGCAGUUCCAAAAUGAUUUUGUCAGUGAAAAAGCCCUCAAUGUGCUCGCACCUUCAACAGCUGGUGGGGGCAAAACAUAUGCCCACGCUUUCGCUCGUAUUUAAUUUUUUUCCUUCCCUGGAAUCACAAGCCAACGAAAGCUGCCUUUGCUGAGAUAGGGGUUCUAAGAUCUUGUGAAAUUGAAUCGUUUACCCAUAAAGAUAGAGGUUUUGUGACCUUAAUUAUUCCACAACAGUCUCUACUGAAGGUGCGCAGUGGGCUAAAAAAGGAGGUUUCAGAUUGUCUAAGUUCACGCCUUCGGAGAACUGUGAUGGGUCUACUCACGCCGAGACUGGCGAGCCAGCUGCUGGACCCAAACUCACCAGAUCGCCCCUAGUUGCCGACGGUGUCCGCCGUGUGCUCUACUGCAAGGUAAAAACAGGCACGAUCACUCGCAUGUAAAUAAGGUUAUAGUAUGAGUAGGCUUGCACAACAUCUACUGUACUCUCCCAUUCCCCUCCCGUAUGGGCUCGGUGUCAAGACAUAGUCAAGAAGACCGAAGACGGGAGAGGGUGCAGGUGGUUGGCACGCUCGGACACCCACCUAGACGCACCCACACACACACCGCUCUGGUCCACAUAAAAAAUUCGACCAGAAUUUUAGAGAAAAACCAAAUCAACGGGUCAGAAAGAGGAAGGGAAGACACAGGUCACUGGGUAACCAUGCAUAAGGCCUGUGGGAGCGCAAACGCAUCUACCGGCCGGGAAUCAGGUACCAGAGAACUGCCACUUCGCACCAGACUGUGAGGGCCAUGGUUUGAAAAGGCGUGGUAUAGCAUAUGCACGCAGGGCCUAACUCAGUCGCCCGUCGACUGACAGGCUAGGACAGUCGACUGCUGUAUGUGAGUGGAAAAGGGGAGGUUAAGACCGGCUCUGAGGGACCAGACUCAGUGAAAAAUCAGCGCAUUCAGAAGAUGAAGAUGCGAUCACUGGAACAAGAAAUUUAUUUGCCUGACGUUUCGGAUUCUCGCUCGAACCCAUCAUCAGAGACAUUCACAGAUAAAGGUGAUCGGGGCACAAGGAGUGCAGUAUUCAUAGCACGUGGCUGCCGUGGGACCGUAUGCGCACCGCAAUUAACAGUUCUCGCAGUCACCACUGGGGUCGUAAUUGAUGCGGUGGUGGCUUGUCAGUCCAAGUCCGAGUCGUUAAUUGCGGCGAUUUCGUCAUCCGUGCUGGAUGCUCGCCCGCGCUCUCCUCACGUGACUGUUUCUCCUGCCGAGGAAAAAUCGCAGUACGGAAUAUGGUACCGGGAGGUCAUUGUGCUUGUCGAUGGAUUGCGGGCCUGAGAACCAUGACUCGAGCAGCUCGUGGCUCAUGCGGUUCUCAAAACUUGCGAGGAUUUCGGCCUCUUGAAACAUGAAAAUAUUGUCAGAUCCCGUCGAAUGAGCCGCCACCUGAGAGUUAGCGUCUCCCCAUCUCACUGCCGCUGCGUGAUCGGCAAUUAGUAUAUAGAGUAAUCUUCCAGUUUUUCCGCCAUAUUUGCUUUGUCCACAACUACACCAGAUCCGGUAAACGACUCCAGACGUUUCCUGCCGUGGCAGCGGGUCCUUUGGCUUCAUGACUUGGAGCCUUAUGGUUGCUUCCGGCCUGUGUGCAACCCCGAAUCCAAGUGGAGUUAGAAUACUACUGACGAAUUCCGAGACGUCCUUCACGCACGGAAGAGUUUGCCAAAAUUUGGAGCCGACUUGAUUUGGUUUCUGGUAUCCUUCUCAUAUGCACUGGUUGACACAGUUGCGCUGGUAACCAUUGGCUCUCAUUACCCGUCGAAGAUAUUGUAAUUCAGCAACCUUGUCUUCCAUUUCACUGCAGUACGUUUCAACGCGCCGUUAUAAUGCCCUUACGCAACUGCAGUUGUGACAAGUCGGGUGGUCGCUAUUAAAGUUCAGUAUUUGCGUCCCAUUUGUCGCUUUCCUGAACACUUGGUUUUUAGGCCACCACAAUCUUUGCGGCAGACAAGAACAUCCAGGAAGGCCAGCUAGUUGUUUUUCUCCUCCAUCGUUAAUCGAAUGUCCAGGAAGACGGCGUCGAGAUGUUCUUUGAAUGUCAGCACCUGAUCCCGUUCGAUGACGACGAAGUUGUCAUUCACAUACCGAGCCCAGAAUUUCGGUCUGUGGUGUCGGAAAACCAGCGACUCCAGCCGUUGAAGGAUCGCCUCGGCUAUGAGUGCCGAAAUCAGCGAACCCAUUGGCGUCCCCUUUAUCUGCUCGUAGAUUGUUCCGUCAAACGUAAAGUACGUCUUGAGACAGAACUUCAGGAGCUGGAUGAUUUGGACGUAUCCGAGGCGAUUCAGCGCAUUCCUCACUAUCGCGCUAGAUGAUCUGAGUACACGUUAUGAGUCGUGGUUUGAGGGGUUAUCAAAUGACAGGAUAGCGCGGUCUUUCUCCGAAGUGAGAUCCAGGCUGUUAUGACUCCUUGUUAUCGUGGCCUAUUUGACGCUCUCACGCUUGCUAGUUCUAAGGCCUCUUAAAGGAAUGGGGUCGUGUUCGGCAUGCGUAGACAGCCUGUUUGGUCUUGUCAGCCACUGCGGUCAUCUUGGCAAUGUUUUGUCAUUGGAGCCAGAUGGGUGAGUGAGAAGAGAGUGCGUCAGGUGCGCGCAAGUCCACCUCUAACUCCGUUACAAACGUGAUGGAGGUCUUCGAUUGAGUUGCUUCACGCUAAAACGAUACUAACGCCAGCCAUAUACCCUAAAGUAGCCUCCCUACGCAAAUCCGACUAAAGAUUUGUUCAGGUAAUAAUAGGCUUGGCUUGCAAGCUGGGUUUUCAAAGGGACAAAAUGUCAAACGAUUCACAGUGCUAAUAUUCUUGAUCACAACAGUCCAGAGAUGAACUGAUAUGUUUGAAUUCGGGCGGUUGACAAUUGGAUAGUGUCUGUGGGAUGGAAAGUUCGAAACUUUUUGUACUUUUUAUCUGACACGUGCUUUGUCUAAAUGGAUCCCAUUUGUAACUAACAAUCCAUUUAUGUCUUAACACUGAGAGAAAUCAAAUGAGCAUGUUCUAUGUAUUCGCUUCCGGCGUUUACCGUGCUUUCAUCGAUAUGCCUCCGCGUUGAAUGCUCAUCAUCCCGUUGGGAUUAGUUGCAAUCUAUAUCGUAUGCUUCCUGUAAUGGCCUGUGCACAACAGAGAUCCUUAUUUUGCUGGCCAAACUUUGGAGAAUUGGAGACCAACGAACACAAUAUGUAUAGUCCCAAAUAUAUCCUGAGUCUCGACAAACCGUUUCAAAGUGAACAAUGCAAGAACGCGGUAGGCGAUCUAUUCGGGGGAAAAAACCAGUUGAUCGUGCAGUACGAGUUUUAUAAGUGGGGUUACACCGCAAGAAGAAGGGCACCAUAGUAGGUAAACAUUCGAAAAAUGUUGGGGCGACGUCCGCGCGACAAAUUGCUCUACGACUAUCAGGCUAAAUAACUCAUGUCCCAGGAACCAGAUCCUUGAAGAAUGAUGACAGUGCAAUCAAAAGUCCAGAAUUCUUCGCAGUUUUUCCAAGUUAUUUUCACAGAAGAAUUCGAUUGCAUUCCAUGAAUUUGCGCAGACGCCAUUUAUGAAAGGGGCGAGGAUGCAGUAUGCGACGAUGACCUAGGUUUCGUCGCUUGAAUGCGGUUUCAUACUGACUCAUUGCCCCGUGGAUACGUCGGAAAAUGUUGCUCUGACUCCUGUAAAACCCUCUUUUGGCGAAACGUUGAAUCCCCCGCGCAGGCGUCUACAGUUGUAUGUGACCCCCGUCACAAUCCUGCCUUUCACGGCCACCGAACGGACAAGUUAACAAGACUUUAAAUCUUCGGUCAUUGGCUUACACCAGAAUGCGAUCAGGAUCGAUUGACUUUGACUUUUUUCGGUAGCGGAUAUGACUGUACAAUUGCGAGGGGUCCUUGAAAACACCCUGGGUAUUAUAAUCACCGGCGAUCGCGUAAUUUGAUUUAUUCGUCUGAUUUUCUCCGAGAAUUAUCGCAGCCGGGCAACAAGGUCAGUGACAGCGCCAGCUCUGGCUAAGUUGCCGUCAGUAGGCACUUAGUGCUGUGUGAUGCAAAAAACAAUUACGUGCUUCAAAACAGACGUUCGGGGCAUUAACGACCUUGGUAAUCCACCAAAGCCACUUGAGCUGGAGAACAUUUAAUUUUGCAUGGAGUUUGUUAAUGGGAUAAGAAACUGUUUUCAGUUACCCUAACACGUUCUCUGUUAAACUCUGUCCUCAUAGCUUUACCUGGAAAAUAAGUAACUCUCAGGUGUUGCAUGGAGCCCUUGCAUGUUUUCCCGGUCGGAAUUUUGCAAGCGAAUAGUGUUGUUAGAUCAUACAACAAGUACAGUAGGUAGGCUAAUUCAUGAAAUGUCUACGGUAAUUCGAAAGUGAGUUUUCAUUUCGAAACGAUUUAUUUAAUAGUGCUGUAAAAAUGGUCAUCAUGCAGCAUAAUUCUACAAUAAAUCAGUUACCUCAAAAUGCCUGCUAUCGAAUGAACGUCUUUCCGGAUGCAAGCAAAAAGAAAACUAUGUUAAAUGUGACUACUUAUGUAACAUGACUUUUUCUCAUUGAUUUUCGAAAACCUUAAAAAUUCAAUUAUAUUUCAUGGAAAACGUGCAUAAAAAUAUCAGUUCUUUUGUUAAUUCGAUAGAAAGUUAUGUCUUCUUUCACUUUUAUACUCCCAGGAGGGACAAUUCGGUUUCAAAAUAGUUUUGAUAGUGAAAUUUUUUAAUAAUGUGAAAUGGCCGUUCAUAAAACUUCAUGCCUCUGCAUUUACCAAUGUGGCUUGUAAAGUUAACAACGCGGCUUAAAUUAACUGCUACAUUUUAUGACGCCCACAUAGUCUCUUUUUUAUACUGUAAAAAAAUAUAUGGUUUCCCGUACGCGGAAAAUAUAUGGUUUGUAGUUUGGAAACUCUGGAUGCAAGUAUAACAGCAGGUCGGGCUUAAAAUCAUUCGGAAAUUGGAAAAGUUUUUAAACUUCGAAUUAAAUGUAGACGUACUUUCUCACCAGAUGAACAGAAGAAUUAAUAUUUUUAUGCCUGCUUUCCAUGAAAUAUAAUUGAAUAUUUAACGAAAUCAAAAAUCUAUGGGAAAUUUACAUGCUACUUGACUAGUCAUUUUUGCAGAGUAAUUCUUCUGCAUGCAGGCAAAAAGGCGUUUUUUGAAAGCAAAAUCCUGAGGCAACUGAUCUAUUAUUAAAUUAUGCUGCAUGAUAAUCAGGUUUAAAACCCUAUUUAAUUAAUCUUUUAUAAACGAAAAUACAGUUCGGUAUUUCGUUUGACCAUUCUCGAGUUAGUACACCAACUAUACUAGCGCAAAUUUAGUUUUCGUUAAUUUUCCAUAAAGAUUGCGUCUGGAUUGUCACGAAGUCACUCCGUGGAUAAUGUGCUUACUGUAUGCUAGUCAUUGCUGCUCCACAGAACCCUCUAUCUAGUGUACAUCCACUUCUACUUUAAAUGCCGACACUUGACAGUCGUUAGUUACGUCAUCUGCGCCACUGGGUCGCUGGAGGUUAAUUAAAUUCACAGGUUGUUCACAUGUGUUCGAACUUGCGUGUACAGGGACGGUGGCCGCUUUUAGGCGUCCUCAGGUGCGUCUACUGAUCCCCUGACCUACUUAACAAGCCCAAUCACCCUGUCUCAAAAUGGCUCCAUAUGAUAGCGAUUCAGUAGUCACCCGCUAUGCCUCAAUUUGUUGUCGUAAUAAUCGCUUUGUAGAUUUGUAUUGCUGAUCUUAUUACCAGGAGGAGGUGAGAACUUCACGGAAGCCCAAGCGGAUCCAUUGGGGUAGCAUUUCUGAACUGAAUUCCCAUGGCUAUUAACUUUACAUAGGCUAGUUUUUUCCAUGCGUACGCGCCUUAAGUACCAACCGCUGUUCGUGAGCAGAAACUUGAUUAUCUUCCUGUUUGAUUUGAGGACUGCUCAGCCACCAUUCGCCGAAAGAUCUCGAGGGUCUAUGAGGUGCUCUCACAAGUGUGUAAGAUGAAACUGUGCGCCGAAAUAUUCGUAUGUUGGCACGACAUUGGCCAAAUGGCGUUUCAGCAUGCCCGCAGAUAAUAUUACAUUUCUCGGUGAAUAACUGGUUGUUGUAGGUUUACUGUGAUUGAGUGAAAGAUCAUAAUAUACAAAAAGUGAUUUAGAGUGUGCUUUCUCUAGAAAAAUAGGGCCUUGAAACUGUGGUCCGCAGUUAUGCGCUCCUGUAACGCGCCACGAUAGCCAGCUCAGGACACAACACGCGUUAUUGGUCUGUCCAUUCAUAUCAAAUGCCAUGCAUGCUGUUAUAGCGGGACGCCACAACACGUCGCGCCGAUCACUUGCACCCUCCCCGUCUCCUGGUAUCAAUGACUUUAUCUUGAUACCAGGCCUAGGUGGAUGAGGAAGGAGCGCGUGCGAUAGAUUCAGCGCAAGCCUACCAGAACUACUUCACACACACAAGUCACUAUUUCUGCGCCUGCAAUGCUAUGGGCCACACCUUGGCCAUUAACGGUAAAAACGGUCGAACUAUAAACCUGCAAAUGUCCUCUCAAAGGGACAAGCAGUUAUCUGUGACCCGUUAUCCGUACUGCUGGUAUCAAAUGAGUUUAAAAUGUCUCCCUGUGCUACGGAUGCAGCUGAAAAUAAGCAAACAACUUUCUACGAAGAUGCGCUGUAAGAACGGUGAUAAGAAGGUUUUCGAAUUUCGUGUCUGAUGAAAUGAAAACGGAAGCAGUCACAGACAGCAAACGACCUUCAAUUCCUACGGGGUAACUCCUUGAGGAACUGGGGGAGACUAGUCCGUGAUGGACACGUUCAGAUUUAUCAGAACCGGGCGUUUCGAAAUAUUCCGUGCGGACUCAUUUACAUGCGAUGGGGUAUGAAAAAUAAAACUUUCUUAAUCGGUGCCUCUCGAUUCGGUUGUGCAUCAUAUGAUGUCACGUUUGAGCGUGUGCUCCUCGUGCUAUUGUGAAACAAAAACGUUUCUUUUUGGCAUAGAAGGACGCCUGCGACAGAGUGCAGAUUUCCUUUAAUAAGACCUAAACCGUGACUUUGUAAAAUUUAACUGUCUCGAUCAAUACCAUAGCCUGUGUAGUGGCCUGCUAGUGAGGUGUCCACGGCAGCUUUUUACCCUGUGUGUCGUUUCGAGGGAGAAUAAGUGUGGCAUUACAGUGAGGAUAACAACACAAAACCGCAUCAGCAGAGUAAAAACAAGAUCCUUGUGUUAAACGCGCUAGCACCAUGUCCUGUCGAGGACCUCAGAAUGUGAAAAAACAGUUUUCACAGCAUUCUAUUCAUUAUUGUUUGCGAGCUAGACCCCGCUGCAAUUUAAUGUUUUAUGUGACGGUUGCUGCUUGCCGCACUAAAUGUGGCAUUUGAUGCCACACGGAUCUCAUCGCCAACCAAGAAAGUAGAUGUUCCUGGCAUAGGCUUUUCCUUCGCGAAGAUCCCCUCCCCUCCGCAUGUACUCCCCAUAAUAUGUGACCUCGUCGAGCACGGUUUGUUGUACAGACAUCGCUACGAGAGUAAGAUUUGCGCGCUUUAUCGCAUACGUAUUCUCCAUCGGUUUUAGCCGACCUUGCUUUCACCCCGUGACUGCACUCGCACCUGGUGGCUCUGACUACCGAGCAGGAAAAUUAGAUCUAGAUCUUGACACUGACCUCGGCCUGACAUUUUGACAAGUGUUGCUGCAUUGUCACGUGCACCACGCGUACAGUAGUUAGGCUUACUUAUGAAAUCUCUAAAGAACUUCCAAAAUGCGUUUCCGUUUCAAAAAGAUUAAUCGAGUAGGGUUGUAAAAGCAAUCAUUCUGCAGCAUAAUUUUAUAACAAUUCAGUUACCCCAGGACGCCCGUUUUCGAGCAAACCUCUCCUCUGAUGCAUCCAAAGAUGAUACUCCGUAAGAAAUAGCUAGUUAAGUAGCAGUUGUUUUUUUUCGUUGAUUUUCGGUGCCUCAAAUAUUCAAUUGUAUUUCAUAAAAAGCCUUUUUUUCAAUUUUUCUUUCAAAGGAAGGGAAUAAUUUGGUUUUAAAAAAAGUUUGCACUUCUGAGAUUUCUUAAUAUCGUGAAAUGGCCCUUCAUAAAACUCCAUGUCUCCGCAUUGCCCGAUGUGGUUUGUUAAGGUUACAAUUUUGUUCAAAUCCACUACUUAAUUCCGUGAAACCCAUAUGAUCCCCCUCUUAUGACCAGAGAGAAAUGUAUGGUUUUACGUACGCGGAACUUAUACGGUUUGAUGUUUAAGAACACUGAGUUCAAGUGUUACGGCAGGCGGGGUUUAACAUUAUUCGUGAAAUAAAAAAGAAAUUUAUAAAACCAAAUUAUACCCUUCCUUCGAGAAUCAACUUGAAAGAAGACGUAAUUUUCUACGGAAUCAGCUAAAGAAUGAAUGUUUUUUAUGCAUGAUUCCGAUGAAAUCUUAUUAAAUCCUUUAGGGCAUCGAAAAUCGGUAACAAUAGGGAGAUGGCACCCAACAAAUCCGUCACCUAGAAAUAAUACCUUUUACAGUAGACUUAAACGCCUUCAGGCUAUAUCAGUGGUUGCAGGCCUGCUUUCACGCACUACUUGGACUUUCCGCGACGGCCUAACAUGGGCUGGCCGAAAGAACAUCGCUGGAGGUUACAUGGAAGAUGGUCGCUGUUACCCAACCUUCCCCAUCGUUACACCUGUACACCUGAACAUACGGCAUACAUUCGCAUUAUGGUAGUUUAUUACAAAAAAAAUCAGUAAAGAGAGUGGCGAGUGAACGUUCCUUUCGGUAAAUUCUCAUCAGGCCAAAACAGUUACAUAGGGCGGGGUACAGUGAGUGAAACAAAAAUCGAUAAAAGUUAGGUUUUUAAAUUACAGGCUCGGCAAGAGCGGAAGGGCGCCGAAUGUUGUAUGUGGUUAGUCAACCUUUGACCACGGUAAGCGCGGAGCCUGAACAAGGUUCCUUUGGGCGCAUGGGGUCGGUUUUCGUAACCUCAUGGCGGCCGCUUCUGCUGUUGCUAACAGGCGCUGGCCCAGUAGCUUAGGGUAGCUCGAGAGGACCUUGUAAAUCACACGAAAUGCUUCGGUGGAGUCCACACGAUGCCAUGAGUCCACUGCAUGCGCAAGGAUGGCGCUGUCUAUUCUCCUAGUUUCACCUUUUGCCGGCUAUCGUGUGUACCCCACCGAAGCAUUUCGUGUGAUUUACAAGGUCCCCUCGAGCUACCCUAAGCUACUGGGCCAGCGUCAGGUGGCGGUAAACAUUUUGCAGCAUUACGAAUGCUGGAUGGCAGAUGGUAGGGGAGAGUUAACGUGCGGUUAAUUCGUGUUACCCAUUCGCGUGCCAUAUUUUACUCCGGCCUUCUAUCUUGCUGGCGGUUAGGUGUUCAUAGGUCGGUGUCUUUUACCAUUACUUAAUUUUGACGCAUGCCAUAAAAUUGUUUUGAUGGUUUAGGUUAUUCAAGUCAGAAUAGGUCUAGAUGUUUGUUUGUUUGUCAUUUGACUGCUUUAUAUAACCUGUAUUUCAGAAUCACACGUCGUUACCUAUGCUUUCCACAGCAGUAUGGUUGACGCAUCAACGUCAAAUUGUGCGCGAAUUAGUUUAUAGUGAUUAUAGAUCUACGUUGCUUUUACAGCACUUUCUCAUUCAUAAUCCCCCCGAAUUUCGAUCAGGUGACUGGAUACAGGACAGGUUACAGCCGACUGACGCGAUAUGGGCCCGCGCCUAGGCGUGCCACGCCACAUUGUGUUGCAUUUGUUAUGGGUGAACGGCCAAAUAACCCAUGUCGCUGUUCGACCUGGCCCCCCUGUUGGUUCGGCUCAUCUACAACGUGGCAUUUUGUAGGGGAACAGGCAACUGGGCACACUGAUUAAACACUAACAGUUUCAGCAGAGCUAAAACAGGAUUUUUGCGCUAAACGCGCUACGUAAGUACGAUUUGCGUGCAGUAUCGCAUAUUUAUUCUCCACCGGAUUUAGCCGACCUUGUUUUCACCCCGUGACUGCAAUCGCACCUGGUGGCUCUGACUACCGAGUAGGAAAAUUAGAUCUAGAUCUUGACGCUGACCUCGGCCUGACAUUUUGACAAGUGUUGCUGCAUUGUCACGUGCAUCACACGUACAGUAGGUGGGCUAACUUCAGAAAUCUCUAGAGAAAUUUCAAAAUGCGUUUCCGUUUCAAAAAGAUUAAUAGAGUAGGGUUGUAAAACAAUUAUUGCGCAGCACAUUUCUAUAAUAAUUCCAUUACCCCAGGACGCCGGCUUUCGAAAAAGCCUCUUUUCUGAUGCAUCGAGAAACCAUUCUCCGUAAAGAAAAUGGCUACUUAAGUGGGAAGCACAUUUUUAAUUGAUUUUCGGUGCCCUUAAAGAUUCAAUUAUGAAAAAUAGAAGAGGUUCUUCGGAAAAGUCGAGUUGUACUCGUGAAUUUUCGAGCUGCUGACACAAACCCGUCGUCAAAGGAAAUAAAAACGAGGGAUAAAGUUAUGUUGUCACAGUAGAGCAGUUGGUGUGAUAAGACAUAGGAGACCACUGACGUGUGAGGGUGGUGGGCUCCCGAGGUCAUGGUAGGUCACUGAGUGAGGGGCGGGGAUUGAAGAGGAGGCGUAAAAAUUACGGCACACUGGGCUGGAGGGGGAGGGCGGGUGGUGAAUCAGUUGGAAUGCGGGCGGCUGUAUUCGCAGUCGUUGAUGCGUGAUUAGGGCAGGGGGGAGUCAUUCGUGAACGUAGACCCUCGUAAUGGACAUCUAAGUCAACUUGGCGGUUGAUACUACCCGCAUCGGAGUACCAGGCCUCGAGAAAUUCCCUCGCGCGCUUUGUGUUAGCCAUGGCGACGACCUCAUGCCAUCCCAAUUGGAUCAGUGGUCGUACUCGAGUGCAUGGGCAAAUUCGAGGGACAGGGGGUCUCGCCGACGGAUAGCUAAUUUGUGUUCGUUGAUACGGGUGCCUAGGCAUCGACCUGUUUGGCCAACAUACACGCAAGAGCCAUUAGCACACGGGAUGCGAUAAAUUACAUUCGUUUGUUGCUCUUUCGGGAUGGGAUCUUUCAUUUGAGACAGUGUUGCGAGUAGUGAAGAUGCCGGUUUGUGGGCAACGUGAAUUCCCAAGGGGCUGAACUGCCGGGGGAUUAUUUCGGAAGUUCCACUUAUAUAUGGCAAGGAGUAGAAUUUCCGCUUCGCAAUCUCUCCGUUGGGAGUGGGGUCUUGCGACUGUGUCUGGUGCCUGAGACAGUUCUUUACAAAACUGAUCUGAUAUCCGUUAGAGCGGAAUAACCGAUACAGGUGAGCAAGCUCUUCGUUCAGGAGAUCGUUGCUGUUACAAUAACGGUAGGCCCGGUGGAACAGAGUUCGGACGCAGCUUCUUUUGUGAGCUGCGGGGUGGUUGCUUCCAUAUUUGAGGAUAAUCUCAGAAUUAGAGUCUUUCCUAUGGACGCUUGUCGCCAGGGUACCAUCGCUUAACUUCUGUAUUCUCACGUCCAGAAACGGCAAGCUGUCUCCAGUUGCCUCUUCGCGCGUAAACUGUGUUGCUGGGAAGACGUCAUUCAGUCUCUGGUGAAGACGUUCGACUUCGCACUUCUUUAUUAUGACAAAGGUGUCAUCAACGUAAUGAAGCCAUAGCUUAGGCUUGAUAGUUAGGAAAACUAUCUCUUCUAGUCGCUGCAAAACUAGUUCGGCGAGCAGUCCUGAUACGGGUGAGCCCAUCGGCGUUCCCUUUACCUUUUGUUAGUACUUAUUAUCGAAUUGACAAUAGUUCCUAAGGCAAAGAUUUCGCAGUUCGAUAACAUGCGCCGUUGGGAUCUCAAUAGGAUUAUUCUGUAGGCGUUGGGUUACGCAUUCAAUCUCCAAAUCGUGUUGUUUGGAAGAAAACAAGGCAACGACGUCAAAGGACAGGAAGCAUUCAUCGGCACUUACUGUGAGGCCUUGUACCCUGCGGAGGAACGCUUGAGAGUUGUUAAUGCUAUAAUCCGAUCCAUGAGUGAGCCGCUUCAGACGACUGUAUAACCACUUAGCUAUAUUGUAAGUGGGUGAUCCGAUAAGUGGCACUAUAAUCCUCAGGGGGACAUCCGCUUUGUGCACUUUUGGGAGGCCGUACGCGUGUGCGAUGUGGGGGUCACUGAGGGUCAUCAACUUGGAGUCAUCUGGACUGAUAACUUUCAACCGAACGAACUCAUUAACCUUCUUUUUGACGGCUGCGGUUUGCUUUUUAAUCGGAUUUUCAGCAAGAGGGGUAUAGGCCUCCGUGUCACUAAAGAUUUCAUUCGCCUUGUCAACGUAUUCAAUUGUGUCCAUGAUGACAGUAGCGCCACCCUUGUCUGCGGGAACAAUGACAAUACUGUGAUCCGACUUCAAUGAUCGUAAUGCCUGCGCUUCUUCGGCCGGUAGAUUUUGUCGGUAUCUUUUUCGCCGGAGAAUACCGGUGGCGCAGCUUCGCAUGUUCGCGCGCAUGUCUUCCGGAAUGUUGGAGGCCAGUAGAAUGGACUCAAGCCCAGCUAGGAAGUCGGCAGGUGUGGUAUCCGCAUGAUUAAAUCCUAUUAUCUUUGAUAGGAGGGUGAUUUCCGCAGGUGAUAGACUCCUCUUCGAUAGGUUGACAACUCUCGUGGUCAAACUUCCUUGGUUCGUAGGACGGAAAAUUGAUUGUAUUUUCUCCUGGAGAUCAAGUCUCUUCUUCAAUCUGGCAUCCUAGGUGGUGGCGUUUAUUCUUUGCUGCACAUCCUGGAUUACGUGCUUUGGUAGCACUACAGCGCAUUGAUUUUUUAGGUCAGUAAUUUUUGCGUCGAAUUUGUGGAGACAAUUGUGAACGUCCGAUAUUACAGCGCUCAAAACACGCCAUCCGUAUUUGCGAGCAAGAAAUCUCCCGGUCUCAUUCGGCAAUGUCGGUUUGAAACAAAGAAACUUCGGUAACACACCGUGAUCGCUACAGCGGGGGAGAAAAGUCAGUUGUUCGCAAGUCAUCACAUGUCUUUGUGUGAAUUUCUCCCAAAAACUGGUAAUAAUAAGCGUUUGACUGCCGAAUAUGCGUCGUAGAUCAGAGGGGAUAUGCAUUCCGAGUUGAUAUAAUGAAAAACAGAAGAGGUUUUUCGGAAAAGUCGAGUUGUACUUGUGUAUUUUUGAGCUGGUAACACCAACCCGUCGUCAGACGAAAUGAAAACGAGGGAGAAAGAUAUUUUGUCACGGUAGACCAGUUGGUGUGAUAAGACAGAGCAGACCACUGACGUGUGAGGGGUGUGGGCUCCCGAGGUCAUGGUAGGUCACUGAGUGAGGGGCAGGGAAUGAAGAGGAGGCGGAACAAUUACGAUUUAAUUACAAUUCAAUUAUAUUUCAUGGAAGACAUGCAUAAAAAUACUCAUUCUUUUGAUAUUUUGGUAGAGAAUUACGCCUUCUUUCCAUUUUAUACUCAAAGGAAUGGUAUAUUUCGAUUUUAAAAAAUUUUCUGAUUGUAAGAUUUUUUUAAUAUCGUGAACUGGCCCCUCAUAAAACGUCGUGUCCUUCCAUUUACCAAAGUGAUUUGUAAAGGGGUAACAAUUGGGAUAUGGCACCCAACAAAUCCGUCACAAAUCCGCCUUCGGGCUAUAUCUGUGGUUGCAUGCCUGCUUUCACGCUCUACUUGGACUUUCCGCGACGGCUUAAUAUGGGCUGGCCGAACGAACAUCGCAGGAGGUUACAUGGAAGAUGGUCGCUGUUACCCAACCUUCCCCAUCGUUACACACGUACAUCUGAAUAUACGGCAUACAUGCGCAUUAUGGCAGUUUAUUACAAAACAAAAUCACAUUUAAUUAGGAUAAGUCUGCAGAACAUGGGACAGGAACAGUUCCUAGGCAUCUUUCAAAGACACGGCAUCGAGGCCAAACCAAAGACGGUACUGUACUUCGCCUAUGUGAGCCCACACAGCUCGACCACAUACAGGGUCUCCCUUGUAGAGUUUCCUUUUCAGUCUACUCCACUAUGUCUUAAUAGCAUUGGUGUGCAGUCCGGUCGUAGGGUCUUUGAAGUUCUUUGAGUGGUUAACAGAGAAAUGUAGAUAACCUUCUAAGGAAACGCGAUUAUACGCCUUCCACUCGUUCGUUACCACUAUACUGCCUUUGGCGACCCAUUUUGUGAUAACGGAACGGAGAGCGGGCCAACUUCGAUUGUUCACCUGUUUAAAUAAGGCUUCCCGUCGGCUAGUAUCGUACAUCCCGACCAGCCACCACACAUAAAACCCCAAUUACCACCUAUCCCGUCAGAUAGGCUUCUUUGGUUAGACGGACGUUUUUGGGUGCCAUCUCCCGAUUGUUUCCGAAAACAUUAACAAAAUAUGCUUUCUUUCAGUCGUCGGAUAGAAAAUCACGUUUUCUUUAUGUUUUAUAGUCGAAGAAGUUGUACAUUUAGGUUUUGAAAAAUAUUUCUGAUUCCCAAAUAAUUUGGAACCUGAUCGUUCGUUACAUUAGCGCUUAGUGGUUUCAGUAUACAAGGUGUAUGCGGUUCGCGUAAAGAAAAUCACAUAUUUUUCUCUCUCUUUAAAAAGAUGUGAAACAGAGUCCGUAAAAUGUCGCAAUGGAUGUGGUCUAUGUUAUGUAUUUAAUGAGGAACUGUGGUAGACGGCCAGGUGCGAUGCUAGGUGAAUGGGUCAUUGCGUGGUCUUAAAAAAUCCGAUAAUUCGUAACCUUUUAAAAAAAUUGUUAUACUCCUUCUUAGAGUUUAAAAUAUGAAGAAGCCCUGAGCCUUUUUCAAGCGAAUGAAAGAAAGCAUAUUUUUGGUUUCCAUAAAAUAUAUAUGGAUUUGAAAGUCCAUCGAAACCUAACGGGCAAAAUUCAUGCUAAAUAAGUAGUCAUUUUUUACCUAAUACGGAUUCAACUGGAGAUCGAAAAACAGUCUAUUCAAAUGUUGAAAUCCUGCCGAGUCCAAAAUAUUAUAUGAUUAUGCCGGACGAUAGUCAGUAUUAUAACCGCGCCUAAGUAAUCCUUCUUAACCGAAAACGCAUCUGAGAAUUCCAGCCGACAUUUCAAGAGAUCGACCACUCGUUGUUAAAUUAAGUCCGCUUCUUGAAGAAGGAGACACAAUAGCUGGGACAGGAACUUUAUUAGCCUAACGUUUCGGAUUCCUGCCCGAAUCCAUCAUCAGAGACAACAGCAAUUACGGGUGCUUCACACACAAGGGGCUGCAGUACGUAUAGGAUGCAGUCGCCAUACCACCGCAUACCAAUGAGCAUUCACGCCUGCCCCUUCAUCAGGGAUCGUUGAACACCAAGUGCAACGAUGCAGUUUACUCGCCAAAACUACUGCAAUGUCUGGAAUCCAUCAAAUCUGAUACAGUAAGUUGACUUCAGGACCUCGAAGCUCAGGUGGUUAGAGCGGUGGCUGCACUAAAGCCUCUACCUUACCGUCGUGGGUUAAAAUCCUACCGAGGCGCUGAGUUUUCCGCAGUUGGGUCAGUAUGAAUUAUUCACAAUCUGCCUAAACAUUUCUCCGUUAUGUUGACUUAAGCGACGAAGACAAAUCUUUCCUUUCCUUCGUCUGGUCAAUAAAACAUUACGAAAAUCUGAAAAAAAUUAUUGUGAAUAGCAGAACAACGGUAUGUGCAUUACCAAUUACGCGACUGUGUCUUCUUUUGGGCCAUUGACCUGUUCUAGAGGGCAUGAACAUUCUGUGGAUUUCCGAAAUCUCCAGUGAGCGUAUUUUUUCACUCACUGAAAAAUGCAGUCAUUUUCAAACCAUCUAACUGAAACAUGUCAUGCUACUAACGCUCAGAAACUCUAAAUUUUGCUCCAAAAUGUGCCUUAUUUGUUUGCUGAGUUGAAAAGAUAAGCCUUCAGCGGAACUUUAGAAGUAAGAUCCACUUAGACUUCCAAUUAACCGAUAACACCUCUUCACAUCGGCUGUACCUUUUUUCUGCUUUUAGCUUCCGUCUCGACUAGCCGUCUCCCGAGUGUAAUCCGUCUCGGUAGCUCCAGUGAUGUCACAAACGAGCCCCGCCAGUACGGCCUCCUCAAUACGGACUCGGAAGAUGAGGUGGCAAGCACUACAGAUCAGGAGGCGAACGAGGUCUCCGGUGAGGAAGUAUUUGAUCAGCGUUUGUUCGAGCCUGACGAGCGCUACCACCAUCUACGACAACCAGGUGAUGAGUCUGAGGGCACGGAGGGCGGCGCAGAGACCGUCCAAGGGACCGCGGUCUCUUUCGGCAUUGAUGGAUAUGCGACGUCACGCAGAGAAAAUGACUCCCUUCAGCCUGCGGACGGCAGUCGGGGUGAGAUCGGUGCUGCUGACGAUGCAAUUCUCGCCAGUCCCCCCAUAGCGGAGACCGGUAGCCUUCUCGCUGGGCUGUCUUUAAACGGCAUGACUGGUACGGUCGGCUCUGGCGUUGCCCUAUCCUCUGACCUCUCAACCGUUGGGCGUCCCCUCCACCGCAUGUUUCCCGCAAAUCACCUUGAAGUUGGCCAGGAGGCGACACGCCUGAGAGCCAACCGUUCCAGUUACCCGCCUCAGCUGCCCGACCACAGGGGCCGUGCUACAGCGAUUCAUCUUGGCCGCCGACACCCUCCACCGACUUCGCAUUGGAAUCGUAGCAGCCGUCUGGCGCACCUGACUGCCACGGCAGCAACCGCAACCCCGACAUCCCGCUCUAGCGGCUCCAGCGCGGCGACUACGCCACGUGAUGGCCACUUUGGCCCUUAUUUACACUCGCAUCAGCAACACCAGCGCUCAGUGUCAGGGAACCUCGCCACAACAGUCAGCGCGAGCACGGUGGCAGUUGAGUCGCUCCCCUUUUCAACGGCCUCGCCGGAGGGCUGGGUAAUCGCUCCGAGAUCUAGUGUAGCAAUGAAUGGCGAUCAUGUGAACCGCUUUGAUGACAGCUCUCGUGCCCCCACGCUGCCAGUUUUUCCUCACUCCAGCUCAACAUCGAGCGAGGCCGAAGAUGACAUUGGUGAUGGCUGUUGCCCCGAUCCUCACGGAUGGAGGGUGAGUCAUUCCCCUCCAUUUAAAGGGCAAUAUAUCGAUGGGCGCGGGGCGAAGCUAAUAAAUUUCACCCGAUUAACUUAAGUGAGAGAGUGCAAGAGAGAAGGCAAGUUUGAGAUCUCGAUACCACACAGUUGAACCUGAUUUACGACUGUCCGUAUUUUUGAUUUUCUUAACUCCCGAAAUUACAAUAGGUUGAACAAAUCAUGAAAAGUCAACCGAAAUUUCGAAAUGCGUUCUCGAUUCGGAAAGAUUAAUUAAGUGCGGUUGUAAAACUAAUCAUCAUACAGCAUAAUUCUAUAGUGAUCCAGUGUCCACAGGGUGCUGACUUUCUGGCUGUAUGUGAGAACCAUGCUCAGCAAAAAAGACUACUUAAAUAGCAUGCAAUUUUGUCAUUGAAUUUAGAUGCCCACAGAAAUUCAAUUAUGUUUCGUUUAAAACAUGCAUACGAAUAUUCCUUCUUUUAUUUAUUCGGUAGAAAACCACGUAGUCUUCCAAUUUCAUACUCGAAAUAAGAGUAUGAUUCGGUUUUAAUAAACUUUUCUAAUUCCUAAAUAAUUUUGAAACCGGCUUGCUGUUAUACUUGCAUUCAGAGUUUCAAAACUGCAAGCCGUAUUUAUGUUCCGUGUACGAAAAACCAUACAUUUUUUACGAUAAUAAAAGGAGGUCAUGUGAUUUUCAUAAAAUUAGGCUGUGGAUUUGGCAAUAUCGUUCACUUUACAAUCCAUAUUGGUAAAUGCGGAUACAUUACGCUUUAUGAACGGCCAUUUCGCGGUAUUAAAAAUCUCACAUUUAAAAACAUUUUUAAAACCGAAUUAUACUCCUCCUUUGAGUAUGAAAUUGAAGGCAGACGUUAUUUUCGACUUAAUAGACAAAAGAAUGAAUACUUUAUCCUUUUUCGUGAAAUGUAAUUGAACUUUCAAGGGCAUCUAAAAUGAAUGAGGAAAUCGCAGUGCCACAUAAGUAGUCAUUUUUUUCAGAUUAUAGUUCUUGGAUGCAGUCGGAAAUACAAUCGUUCGAAGGAAAGCACCCUUUGCUAGCUGGAUCAUUAUAGAAUUAUGAAAGAAGAUGAUUAGUUUUCCAGGCAUACUUAAUCAAUAUUUUCGAAACGAGAACGCAUUUCGAAAUUUAAGCCAACUUAGUUUGAGUUAGCCCACUAGUCCCCCUUGUCUUUGUCGGUAAUGCCAUUCUGCCUAUGUAUCAUGCGCCGCUGUGCGGCUGCUGGUUGGGCUCGAGAGAGAGCCCUUAAGGCAAAACGGAACGAGUAAGUUCCGUAUGAACGAUCGGUGAGCGCCCCCAACCACUGUAGUAUAUGCAUCCAAAUAAGAAAGACAACAUUGUUGGAUGUUGGCCAUAAAGGAAGAUCGGUCUGAAACUUCAACAGCCGCGUAUUGUAUCAAUAACAAAACAGGCAUCCCAGAAAUCGUGGUGAUGCUUACGCAACGGCAGACCAUACCUGCAGCAUUAUCGCGUCUACCAAGUGUCGCCUAAAUAACAUGUGAAUAGGAGUCUCAAAAAGUUAUUUUGAAGCAGCAUUUAACCGUUGCGUGUGACCCUUUUGAUCUCAUUUUGUUAUUCGCUUCUAUUCUUAACUGCAACCACCACCUCAGAUACGAUCUGUGAGUUAGCACUUCGCUAGUGAGUGCUAGCGAACUUAAGAAAAUCGAACGUAUAGUGUGCGAAUAUCAGCUUAGUCUGCCAUCUGUUGUCACUUUUGGUUUCGAAAACAAAACAUCCAAUUUUAUCGCAUCAUGAAAUCAUAUGCUUCUAAACGUCUUGUGGGGUUUUCUUUAUAACUUGCUACUAUACGACGUCUACUAACAUAGAAAAUUUGUCUACUAAUUACUUUUUAAUUCCCUUAGUUUCCUGUAGACCUAAAAUGUGCUGAUUUACUCCAAGUUUGCAGUUAAUUUCUAAGGAAAUUCCAAAGCAACAAUUUCUCAUUUAGACUAUCUACCAGAAUACAGAUAGCUAGCCGGGGGACCCACUGACAAGCUGAACCCCUGGAAGCUGUGCCAUACAGAGCCAGAGCAUCGAUGAAACACGCUUGUAUGGGCUUUUAGCUAGUACCUGUGCUGUUAGUAUGGAAUCACCUUAACCUUAUGUGUGUACUGCUGUAUUUUGAGAAGAAAUUAUACUUGGUGUUUAAACGACCUGAAAAAACCGGCCCUAUAUUAUCGUCAGUAGUUCCACUUCGUUAGAAUUAAAACAAACAUCUCUACCAAGUCUGUCUUUGUAAACUUUGAAAAGGAACUCAUGUUCAAUGUUGAGAGCGACUGAGAAAAACAGCCGUUACGUUCAUCAAAGCUAACUUCUCUGCACUUUGAGCAAUACUAAAGCUUCAAUGCACGAACUGGUCGGAUUUGGGGGAAUCGAAGAACCUGGCGGAUAAACUGGGGUUUUUACCUGCGAAACAAUACCGCUGCAUGUAAUGCUGUAAAAUGAGUUAACUGGUAACCACAAGCUCUCAUGGCCCAAUUACUGGUUCUUAUACAACGAAUCCGACAAAUAAUAUUGGAAAAUUUGAAUAGGCGAAGCAUCGAAACUCGUGACAGAGAUCUCUUGCCACUCACGCAUCAUCCCAUGUUCAAAAAACGGCCCACAGCCAAACGUACCACGCAUACCUACCGUCGGCCAAUCUGUCUGGGUUAUAAACUGGUCAGACGGGCUUCCCUUUCGACUUUGAGACGCAGACAUCCGUAUCUCUAUGCAUAUGUAUUUCGAUAUGCCCAGAUAUUCAAGGUCCAGAUGUCUUCCGAAGAAUAGAGGAUGAUCGUAUUGAAGAGGAGAUAAGUUCAUGUACCAAGUUGUAUUUUUACUGAAGUUCCGGAAACUUCCAAUUUUCUUUCAUCAGAUUAAUGUGCUUAUUGUUCCAUCAGCUCUUGAGUUGUUCAUCCUUGUCGCUUGCCUCGUAUUACGGCCGUGCUCGGUGCACGAACUCUGGCCUGCCCGUUUGCCAUUGACUGGCUGUGAACUCUUUGAGGCUGAUAAAUGCAGGAUUCGCGUGACCUCUAUCCCGUUUGGAUUCGGCGUAGUCGUAACCAAGUCUUUAUGCUUGCUAGCCUCCCGAAAGUCAGUCGGUGGACUGAUCAGCCGUUGCUGUUCGUGUGAGUUGCUCCCAGCCUCUCGAGUGCAUCGGUGAGACAGUGUUCGACUUUGGGCGCGUGACAUCUGGCGGCCACUUCCCUUCUGUUUCCUGAGCGUCAACCUAUCCUAGUGGGCCUGAUAGAACUUAUCCGAGCUUUGCGCGUAACGUCUGAUAGGCGGGGUGCAGGUCCAUAGUUCGGUUGAUUAGGCCUGUCGAGGACCAACUUUCGAGGACCAUUCUGGCCAACUUGUCAUUGGCUCGGCCUUCCAAAGGCGAAAAUGUGACUCAACUGCUAUAUGUGGCAGCCAGCAAUUGGCGCAUCCUCCACUUCCGAAGCAACUCACAAAGGUGGUUGUGACAGACCCUCAACCAUCGUGUCCAAACACACUAAGACAAUGAAAGUGAGAGAGAAAGGAUGAAGUAUCUACACGACCUUCGAGGCCGAGGACUAUCCGAAUCUCUUCAUGUGCCAGUGCUUCAAAAACCUCAUUUUGAGCGAUCAAGCGGAGAAAAGUCGUAGUUGUGGCUUUCAGUCCGCCAUUUUAAGCACGUUUUGGAGGUGACGGCAACGAAGCUAUAACCUUUUGGGAUAAGUGGGGCUCAUUAACUAAAAUGCACCAACUAGGAGCCAAUCAUAGGCUCCCGAAAACUCGUUAUCAGUAACAAAACAAUCAAUAGUUUUGUACAGUUUAGCAUGCCAGAAUUGCAAUACGAACUAUGUUGGUGAAACGGGCAAACGCCUAGCGGCUACCGAGUUGCUUUUUUGAUUCUGUCUGUCUCAUGCAUGAGAGUGCAAAAAUCUGUGAGAUUCCCAUUUGGAGAAAACAAUCUACACAGAUGACAUAAGUUUACUUGAUGGCCUUUUUCGUCGGAAUAGGAUGCUUUCGCUUGAUUAAACAUACAGCUGACAGCAAUCUGUCUUUGCAAGAUAGGGUGGCUACUCUUAUAGUUUAGAAUGACUUCCACAUAAGUUUCUUUGUGGUGAACCGUUAUGCAUAACGUUAUGUGGGUCAUUCGCUGUUUACGCCCUGCCCCCCAAAACGGGCUACGUCUUACAUACGCUGGACCAACACGGGGGCCACAUCGGAUUCUGGCAGGCGUUAUCUUUGCGCAAUAACAAAUGCCAACAUCUAGGGGGUGCGCUGGCGUCGAAGAAAUGGGCCCGCUUCCGCGCCCUCAAAAUCCUGGUCAUUUGUUGUGUGGACUAUGGGGUGCGGAGUUGAGCGCCAAGGGGAGGAUCCGUCCGAGCCAUCCACCUGCGGCUUCUCUCGUCUCCGGUCUUCUUGACUCUGUCUUGACACCGGGCUCAGGCGGGGGAGCAGGAGAGAGUGUAGGUAGAUGCUACGGAAAUCUACUGACACUAUAAACCCCUGCGCAAGUCGACGUCCCUGCUCCCACCACUGCUGUGGGGUAUACGGUGGACAUCGUCGAACACGACGGUCGAAAUACUGCGUCCUGCUUCACAGUCGCCUGCCGUGCAUUACAUUUUCCUGCCUCUUUGUCGCGGUGUACCAGCCGAAUAGGAAUUCAACCUAUGAUCCGAUGUCGGCGCACCCAUUUUCCCCACCCGCCAGCUGACUUAAAUCUCUUCAGAGCACAUUUUGGUAGUUAUGAGCAUACAAUAUCUAGCAUUCGCACGUAACAAAAACACAAAAAUACAGUCUUUUAAUACCCGCUUUUGUUAUAUAGCCGCGUGUUGGUUGGUUUACCUGCUGCACAUAUAUCACUCAUUGCCGCCCCCUCAGAUUCAGCUAACACAGGUGCUUAAUAUGCUCACUGUUGUCUUUAGUACUUUUCUAUUUUCCGACUUAUGCGUGAUCUGCUAUUGUGUUUGGGCACAAGCCCGGCACUGUGUAGGCGGGAGGUAACCCGUUUGUUCUGCUUGUAGACGCCAAGUUCAAGAAGCAUCUCUCAAGCAGCUCUCUACUCACAGGGUUUUCGUUUUUUGUGAGUAAAUUGAGCUAUAAAAAAUCAGAUGACCGAUCUUUUCAUAUGUAAAGUGGGCGACGCUCUCCGGGUUUGCGUUAUUUCUUCAAACUGUCAAAAAAGUCACAAAUCUUUCUUUUAUUGUAUUUUCUGCAGUUAAAGCAGUCCUUGUGUGAAUUAAUUUAAAAUGAAAAACUUAUACGCAGUCUAAUUUGGUUACUUUUUGUGAAGUCUGGGAAGACUUGGAAACGGGAUAAGGCCAAUUUGCCAAUUUUGACCUAGCACUCUUCCAUAUUUUCUCUGAUAAUAGGUUUUAGAGGUAAUCGUAAACGUAAACAUAAGCAUACUUUAACAGCGAUCGCCUCUAGUGCUUCCGAAACAUUACAUGUAAGCGGUCAUUCAGCGCAUUCGACUGACAUUUCACACGAAAAUCGAUUUGAUCCGUCAGCCUGUAAGAAACAAGUUUCUGUCCACCUCAAGAUCAAUUUGCUUCCUAACCUGUCCAUAGGCAUCCUGCAAGGACUCACGUGCUCGUUUCAAGUACGUCCUUGAAUCUGAACUCUUCGCCGACGUCUGCUUCCUCGUUGGCGCCGCGCCCAGAUCUACCAAUACCGUCUCCAAUCGACCCUCAAGGGUCCCAACACUCUCUCGACAGCCAACGUUCUCUAACGAGACAGACGAUCGAAAGCAGCGUAUGAUCUCCUCUAUGAUUGCCCAGGUCUCAGGCUCUGUGUCGCGUGGACAAGCCAGUCCUCCCAAUGGCGCUGUCGAGGCCCCAGUUGACGAACCGACCGCAGCUGAGAAGGCGAAACGCCUUACGGAGCUCCUGCUUGCCAUGAAUAUGGAGCAGUCAACCGCGAGUGAGGGCAUGCUUCGGCCCUCCGAAGUCUCCCUCGACCCCUCUCCCUCCUCAACCGCUUCCUCCUCCUCCGCGCCCAUCUCUUCAUCCCUUACGGAGAACGAAGAUCAACCGUCUGUUGCAGUCAUGUGUGACAUGACCGAUACAUCCGACAUUGACUCAGACGAACGCCCAGUGGACACUGUCUCCACCUGCACUCAAACCCGUUCGGGUGCCCUCAUCUAUCGUCAGGUUCCAAAGGCUCAAGCAAGUGGACCUGCCGAGGGCUCCGAGGCGACAGCGGCUGCGGCGGUGGCGACCGUAGAACCAGCUGCUGGUGAGUCAACUUUGUCGUCUUCCACCUUGGUAAGGGCUGAUGAGGCGACGGAUGGGCUAACAAAGAAGUCAGCUGCUCGUCCAGAAAGUCCAGACUCCACUUCACGGAUGGAUUUUCGGGAGAGCGAUCAGCUCCAGCUGCAGCAACAGCAACCCACACGGUUUUCUGCCCACCGUCUCAUCCUCGCGCUGGCCUCACCCGUCUUUGAGGCUAUGUUCUUUGGUCUCUUUACGGAGAACAUGGCGUGCAAUCGACGCUCCGCCACCGCGGAUGGUGGUGGCAAUACUUCGGGCAGUGGCUUCGGCGGUUCUCUGACCAACAAGAGCAAUAUGCUGGAGCUCUGCAUCUCAGACGUGACUCCGAAGGUGAGUAUCAAAAUCGCAUCUGUACUCUAUUUAGCGCUUCUUGCAUAAUCAACACAAUAGGAAACCAGUCGCUGAAAUAUUGUUUAUUCUGAUUUACCUAUUUUCCACAUGGGAAAUUUAGCUGUUAACAGUGCAUUUCUUCUGGCACUAUUAUAAAAACGUUUGUUCCUUAAUUGCAUAACAGUUGAACCUUACAAAGAGAGCCGUAGUUUGAAGGUGGUGGGACAGUCAUUAGCACAAGACCACAUGUAAUCCGUCUUUUUGCCUUUUACUGCAUCGUCCUAUGUGUUGGGACCUUUGUCUCCGGCAUGUUUCCGCUCACUGGUACCAUCGCCUUUUUCAACCACUGUCCUUAAGAUGCCUUUGGCUUCGUAGACUUAAAUUCCACCGAAACCGUCGAGUUUUGCACAAUCUAAAUAGCUGAAUUGUUCAAGUCCGUCAAAGAAAACCUAUCACAAUAGUGAGUCUAGUAGUCAUCUGGUGGAUUCUAUGUUGAUUGGUUAGGGAAUGCAGCCUAGGCAGUCUGCUUACUGAUCAGAAGGAGAAGCGAUCGCUGUAACAAGGGGUUUAUUCGCCAGACGUUUCGGAUUCUCACUUGAAUCCAUCAUCAGAGACAGUAGCAGAAAAGGGUGACUCGUGCACAGGAAGUUGCAGUAUUUAUAGGAUGCGGUCGCUAUUCUACCGCAUACCUAUUGCAAUUAACCGCGCUCCAGUUCAUUAAGGAUUGUUGCCCGCUGGUGCGCUAAUUGCUUGCUGGCCGGCAUGCAAGUUGUAAAUUACCAAAAUUUCAUCAUCCGUGUUGGAUGCUGGCGUGAUGAUUGCUCGGCCAUCUGGCUCACCGGCUUGCGCGCGCUGGUCUGUGUGCAGUUGCACACAGACCGGAGGCCUGCAUGAAGCAACAGGUGAUGAGACCAAAAGACUCACUGCCACGGCAUGAAACACCUGGAGUCGUUUACAGGUCAUGGUGCAGUUGCGGACAAAGCACCUACUUCGGAGAAACUGGAAAACUGCUCCGAACGCGAAUUGCCGAACACGCGGCAGCGGUACGGAGGCAUGACGCCAACUCUCAAGUCGCGGCCCAUUCGACGAGACCCGGCCACACAUUCAAGUUCGACAAAGCCGACGAGGGGAUAAUCGUGUGAGCCGCGAGUUGCUUGAGUCAUGGUUCACGGGACCUUAAUCAAUCAGCAAGUGCAACGACAUGCCCACUCCAUACUCCUUGCUGAGGCAUAGGCUGGCCAAGGUAACUGACCACUCGGGGCGCGCGCAAGCCGGUGAGCCAGAUGGCCGAGCAAUCAUCACGCCGGCAUCCAGCACGGGUGAUGACAUUUCGGUAAUUAACAACUUGCAUACCGGCCAGCAAGCCAUAAGUGCACCAGCGGGCAACGAUCCUUUAUGAAGAGGAGCGCGGUUAAUUGCUAUAGGUAUGCGGUAGCAUAGCGACUGCAUCCUAUAAAUACUGCAACUUCCUUGCACGAGUCACCCUUUUCUGCUGCCGUCUCUGAUGAUGGAUUCAAGUGAGAAUCCGAAACGUCAGGCGAAUAAAGCCCUUGCUCUAGCGAUCGCUUCUUCUUCUGAUCAACUCGAUCCCGGAACUGACAUCUUCGCUUUUAUCGGUAGUCUGCCUUUUGUCUCAUAAUUUGUGAAUCGCGUGCAUUGCGGUAAACUGGGUGGGUCAUUUGAUCCAAGUGCGAUUUACAUCCUGGCUCUCAGUCUCGGCCCUGUGGUUCAGGUGGUUAGAACGUUGACCGUUUUCAGACCUUUCCCAUUCUGCCGUGUGUUCAAACCCCGGACUUUUCAGAAGUGGAUCAACUCAAAUGUUCACCGCUGCCUUAACCGCAUAGCAACGAAAGCAAACCGCUACUUUUAACUUGUCAGACAGUUUGCUCUCUUUAACCCUGCGCUUCUUCCUCAGAUUGAUGGUCAGGUGUUGUUUUUGCAUGCAACAAGUCACUGCCUUGGAAUGGUUAAGUGCUCAAGGCGCCAACCCUACUUGGUGCCUGAUGACGCAGCUUGAACGCCCCCCCCGCCCUCACUCGAGUUGGUAAUUCUUAAAUUCUGAUCUACAUUCUGCGAAUACACCUAGGUCCUUACUCCCGAGAACACGCGCAGGGAUCACUGCCUAGGGCAGAUCUCGAAAACAAUCACAUUUACGUCUGUCAGAAUAACAUAGACUAUUCAUUUUGACCUAACUGUGAAGCAUUCGGUGACCUCAAUAGCUUUCGAACCCAGGACAGAAAGUCGGACAUUUGAUGACGGCCAACACGCCAGCCAAUUGAGCCACAGAAACUGUGAAUUUAAUCAAAUUUGAGUCACGUUAUGCGCCCAGUCUACUCCAAUGUUUGACUAGCUCGGAGCUCAGUUCGGUAGGUUCUCUGGAGUGAAAGAGGUACGUAUGCGAUGCGUAGUGACAUUUGAUAAAUGGACGGUAUCAGAUUCUGCCCGAAUGCAGAAGAAUUUAACCAGAGAGGCUUCCCCGGCAUCGCUGCAGUAACUCGUGUCUGUCAUUUGCGCGAAAGCACAGCUGUAUAUGAUUUUCACAUGCCUCCCCCACUUCCAGAGAUCGUCUCAUGUUCUUCGGCAUUUGUCAGCCUGUUCUACCAAUAGGGUUGCCUCCACUGGAACAGUUGAAAUAGUCAACGCACAUAAAAAUGACCUGAGCCAGAAAUCUUGACCUUGGCACUCAGGUGUAUAAACUGGACGCGUUCUUUAACAGCUAGAAAUUCUGUUGAAAAGUCUAUGGAUUUUCUUACUAUGCCUUAGCCCCAGCUUCUGGUUGCUGUUCAACCGUUCGCGCUUCUCUUUUACUGAUAAAGCUGCUCUCACAGGAUGUCGUUUGGGAAAAUUUAAAAGAAUCAGCAAUUCUUCAGCCAGCGUUUGCUCUAUUUCAAGCGGAGCACAAGUAACAAAAGGACUUAAAAAAUUAUGAAGAGUCCAGCUGCAUGAAGAAGACUGCUUUUAAUUAAAAUGAAGACCUCGGAUGGUCGCGCUAAGAACUGAUUGAAUUGUGUUAGUGACGCUUUCGAUGUUUCGCCUCUGUCGUAUUUUGUAGCCCUACCUGCAUUAGACAAGCCCCUGCACAACUCUAAACCCCCAACCCCUAACGCCUGCCCCCCGCUAACCCCAACAGGUGGGAUUACGAAAUAGGGUCUCGCCGCUUCUUUGUGUGCCAAUAAAGCAAACUCAACCAAACAUGUCUGUGCUGUUGUCGAAAGUUACUUUUAUUGACGCCAGUAAAGCAGGUCGCAGGGAACCAAUGACGGAGCAGGUUUCUCUCCUUCCACGUGCAAUGGCCUUGAGGGUAUACGUUUUGUUAAGGGACGUGUGGUUAAAUUAAUUGCCGCCGUUUACAGCUUUAAGGUGGGUGAAUGCACCGAUGUAGAAAUUCAUAGAUGUUUUGCUCGUCGAUUCUUAGUACGUAAAUAUGGCAUUUUUUGAUAAAUUAACUGAAAUUCUGGAAUGGGUUUUUGAUUUAAAAAGAUUGCUUAAGCUGGAUGGUGAUAUUAAUUGACAUGCGGAAUAAUCCCGAGAUAUUUUUAUCCCGAUGGGUGCUUGAUCUUGAAUGAGCGUCUUUCUAGUCGUCUGCGAAAACCUCGCUCCGUAAAAAUGACUACUUUAGUAGUAUGACUUUGUCCCGCCGGUGUUCGACGCCUCUACUUAUUUAAACAUAUGUUUUAGAAAUCAUGCCGAAAAAUCUUCGACUGGCUGUCGAAGCCAGAAUUGGCCAUUCUAGUCUCCCUUGUCUUUGUCGGUAUAAACAUUCUGCCCAUAUCUUGCGCCGCUAUGCGGCUGCCGGUUGAACUCGAGAGAGAGCCUGUAAGGCCCAACGGAACAAGUGAGUUCCGUAAGCACGAUCGAUGAGCGCCCUCUUACCAUUAUAUAUUCCCGCUCGAGAACCAACAGGGCAACGGGCUCGUGGCCCAGUGUUUAGAGGCGUGGACUUCUAACCAACAGGUUGCGAGUUCGAGACUCGGGUGUUCCACACUUCGGAGUUGGGUAUGACUGGCUAACGACGGCUAAUAAGCCAGAAAGGGCCAUUCCAGUCUCACUUGUCUUUGUCGGUAAUAACAUACUGCCUGUACCUUUCUAUAUCUAUAUCUACCGUUAUAUAUAAGGCACGAAAACAAGGUGAAAGAUGACAAAUUCAAGCCGAGUAGUUCACGCUGGCUCUGUAACGUCCACAUGCAGUGCUUCAUUCGAUGCACAUCACGUCGGAGUGAGAGAUCCCGCAGUUGUAGGCGAGCAUGUGUGUCCUGGGAGAUUCCGCGAUUUGAAAUUAUCUAACACCUUGCUAUUUUCUCAUGGACUUGAUUGCCACCUUCAUUCUAAAAUGUCGUUGCACAAAACUCCACUCUCCGCCCUGGACGCGAAAAACCACUUUCGGUAUGUUGGCUAGGUGUAGCGUAGAUGUGUAAUCGCAUGCAUCGGCCGACCUUUUUUUCGCUCGUAUGCAUCCGUUUGAGUCAGCCAUUGAGUGUCGGAUUUCCGUGCUUCCCUUCUAAUUAAUUCCUCCAGAAAUUAGUAGAACUUCCUCAGGGUGGAUGUGAAAUCAGCCCCCUCAUUUGCAUUCGCUGGGACGUUGGUGGCAGAAAAAAUAGCAACUGUUGACACCGCCGUGCACAAAACCUACUGUGGGAAGGAAAGCAAGACGCGUGUGUUUUUACUCAGGUGAACACGCAGUGGUCCUGACAAUGACUAAGACUGAAGUAGGCAAGAACAGCAGGAUUUAUUGGCACCAAAAAAUUUCGCGACUGCUCUUCAGCUGCUUCCUGUUUUCGCUAUUGUUAAAGACAUUAAGGAGGCUGAAGAACUACUUUCUAUUAUGAAUAAGCUGCAUCCAAAGAUCAAAUUUACAAUGGAGAAGGAACAAGACAACCAGCUAUCCUUUCUGGAUGUUUUUAUGUUUAGAAAGGAAGAUGGUUCUAUAAGACGUUCUGUCUUCCAUAAGAAUACCUGGAGGGGACAUUACUUGCAUUUUUUGAGUUUUGUACCUAUCCAAUGGAAACGUAACUUGGUAUACGCUCUUUUCCAAAGGGCUAGAAACAUUUGCUCCAAUGACACACUGGAUGCAGAAUUUGCACGUCUCAAAGAAGCUCUACUUAAGCGUGGAUAUCCCGCACGGUUCAUCCACAAAUACAGCAACUCUACACGGCCAAAACUGACAGAGCAUUCAGCUUCGAAAAAUCCCGUCUUUAUAUCUUUGCCCUUUAAGGGCGACAAUAUUUUAAAUACUUUCAAACGGCGGCUACGUUCUACCAUUGAAAGGACAUACAAUGCAGCCGAACUAGUAUUCUGCAGUCCUACUAAGCCACUUCCGAUUCCACGGGCAAAGGAUGCCCUGCCAAUGCACGCCACGUCAAAUUGUGUUUAUGAAUUCACAUGCACUUGCGGAUGCAAGUACAUUGGGCGAACGCAAAGGCAGUUGGCAGCCAGAUCCAUUGAGCACCUGCCCAAGUGGCUCCUUAGACAAGAAAAUAAGAUCCCACGUUCAUCCAUUACGAAACACCUACUUGAUACUGGUCACACCGUCGACCCCAAAACUUCCUUCCAAGUACUUGUUCGGGCACGAACAACUAGGACAUUGCGUUACCUGGAGGCAGCCUAUAUACGACGAGUGAAACCAGAUCUUUGCAAACAAUUGGAGCACGUGGUUAACCUAACAUCACCAUGGUAGCCUCUGGCUCCAUGAUUCCCCCUCUCUCCUCUCAUUUUUUGCUCUUUAACGUUUCCUUCUUUUUCACUUUCUUCCCCUACGGCGUUUGUGUUAUUAACUUUAUCGAUUAGCCAACUUUGCCCAAAACCCUAACCUUGCUGUUUCUGCAUCGAUUUUCUGCAUGAAUUCAAAUCUGUUGUAUUGUUCUCACUCGUUAUCCCUCUUAUGAAGCGACAGGAAGCAGCUGAAGAGCAAUCGCGAAAUUUUUUGGUGCCAAUAAAUCCUGCUGUUCUUGCCUAAUUCAGCUUCGUACCGGGGACAAAAUGCUUCAAAUGACUAAGACAUUUUGACUUUUCCUCUCUCCUGUCCGAUUUCUACUGCCAAUACUAUUGGGACGACAUUUCAAAAGACGAGACGUUCACUGGGAGAGUUUUAUUUAAAGUCUGACGUUACAAGUAGGGAUUCCGCUCACCCACCCUCCAAGAGUAUAAAUCGAAGUGGGAACCACAUACUAGCAAUUAAUGGCACACCGGCCACAACAGCAACCAACCGCUGCAAUACAAGCGAAGCUGUGUACGCAUGCUGUACUGGCGGGUGGAAACUCAUUGCAUCACGCUAGCCACCAAAUGCGACUAGAUGAGGCUUCUGUGAGUACUGUUCAAAGCCAACAGACAUCCGCGCUCCUCAAUUGUCGUCGCGACAAACGAGGGCGGAGCGACACAGGUUACGGUAGAGAACGGGAUCAGAGGCAGCCCCAUAGUUAGCAUUGGCGGCUGCCGCAUCAAAAGAAUGUGCUAUACAAUGAUAUCUAUGCGCGAGACUUUGAGGAUGCAUGAAGGUCAUCACUAUACGAAGCGUCAGACCCUUACUAAGUCUCUCCUUCUUUUUAGGAGAUCCUUCUACUGAUAAUGCAGAAUAUUUUAGUAAUAUUUGUUAGUAGUAUAGCCGGCGUUGCCGACAAAACGUUUUCGAAACGCAAGAUGAAAAUAAUUUGGUGGUAAUGAACACUUUUGGCGAAUCAGACUAGAGAAAGCGAAACCGUCUUUCAUCGACGCGCUGUUUGUUACAAAGCAAUUUCGAGUUUCUCCCACCUCCUGAGUUCACACCGCGUGUUCUAUGCUCUGAAAAUCAAGAGGACUAGUUGAUACUUCAGUCUGCUUCGCAACGCGAGCCAACUUUUCUUUUAAAUUACUUCCUUCUUGUUACAGGUGACCAGCAGUGGGGUCAUAAAAAGGCAUGAAUUAGAAAGGUUUUGGGCAGGUUCCCCUACUGUGCCUGUGUCAAUAUGCCCACCCUACUAAUUAGCAAUAAUUACUAUGCUCCAACUCCCCCGACAGGGCAGAUCCUUGAGUUUUUCUCGAUUUUUUUCGUUUGCGAAUCUAAUUCACACACCGAAUGCGAUGUUAUCCUAUCUAAUUCAUAAAGCUGAAGUUACGGUUGUUCCUACGUGCUUGACAUGGUUGCGCGAUAGCCCACGGGCUUUCGUACAUGCGUUAACACCCAAUUUUGUGCUCUCACGGGUGCCUCGCGUCUAAAUCACUCCGACAUCUGCCGUCUGGAUUGAAAUCCGUUUCCUGCUUAUCCCUGGAAGUAACUUGUAAGAAUUACCUCGCGGAAUUUGUCCAUAUUUCAGACCAAAAGCGGGCUCGGUGUUUUGAGAACUCGUUAACCUCCACCUUUGAGCCUUCACAAUGUCUUUACACUACCAGAGACAUUGGAUGCUUAGCGACGUUUGAAUUGCCCUGUCGAAUCACAUUCAUUUCCACUUCACUGGACAAACUCGGGCAGCCUAUUUGUGUUUCCGAUCAUCCCCAGCGUUCUUUUAGCGUCUUUUGGGAGCUGGGGGAUGGGGUAUGACGAAAUAAAUGCUUUUAGGUUUAACCUGCUUGAAAGAAAUCAAACAUUUUGCAACCCUGAGAAUUUAUUUCUUUGCCUAUGGAAUGCAGAAAGGCUUUGUCCGACAGGGCGAUGGCUUCUAUUUAUACCAGUCCAGUUAUUGAUGUUCGUGGUAGAUGACCUGUUUAGUUGAAUUGUUUCGACCACAGAUUUUCGUCUGAAUUAUAUUUUCGGUGAGUUCCGUCCUUUCAGCUGACUACCGUUCCUUUUUCUUUGCUCUAAUUUCCAGGCAUUCCAGCAGUGCUUACGCUUCAUCUACCACGACGAUCUCCAACUGCCAGAUGACAUUGACGAACUCUACGACAUCCUCUACGCCGCCAAGAAGUACCUUCUGCCUCAACUUGCGUCUGCUAGCGCUUCUCAACUCAUUGUAAGUAAAUGAACAUUGUGCGACGUUAUCUCCAAAGACAAGGGAUGUCAUUCCUCCAAAUGUAAUAUGAUUUGGUGCUAGCGUUUUCCCAUAAAGAACCACCGAAAAACAUUAAGCAUAGUCAUAAUAUGUUACCGUGCAUCGCCUGCUACAAAAGUACUUUGCAUCUGAAAAUAAAAAAUGCUCGCUUUUUGAAAUCGCGUCUGGACGGUUUCGAUAAUGAUAGUAGAUUCACCUUCCGGAUUUCGAAUACUGAAUUGAAGCUCUCGAUACAACGACAGGGCUUCUGAGUCAGCGUGUUGAAUGCAUUAAACAAACUGCGGCGGCAAAAGGGUAAUGCUACUUGAUAAAAAAUGUCGUUAUGCAGCGUGGUAAGCAACUGGACUCCUUUUCACUCAACCCUCCAGAACUUCACGCAUACCGACAGGGAGCGUCUGCCUUAUUUGUUUAGUCAUCCGACAUUGCGUCUCCGCGUCUGCACUUUAUAGAUCUUAUAUAGAAAUGCUAUUUAUUGAAACAUCCCGAGACGACAAUUCUACAUACUAGAGCUACUAGCAUUCGUCUUGCCAAGGCUGGUUCCUUACUAUGUAGAGGCCACCUGAAAUUUAAUUUCGAAAUGAAGAACUAUGAUAAUAGGGGUUUAGGGAACUAUGUUUUUUCAAAAAAUGCCACAACGUUUCUCUAAAUUUAUCACGAGAGCCAUCUGCAUUUCGUUAUCAAGUGUGAGCGUCAUCAGGCAUUUUGAGCAGAACAGGACACCUCUGUUCGGCCGUCAGAUCUCAAAUAUGACAAGCCUUGACACGAUUUACGAUUGUGGUAAUCAUUUAGUCAACUACAAACUUCAUAAAUUUAUGUUUCGGAUGCAAACAGACUUCAUUGUUAUGGUUACCACUGAUUGGCGGAGACCACCUUUGUGGGCGAUUGCAGUCCCAGCGAAGAUCCGUCACGACUAAGCAGACGCCUUGAUCAAAUUGUCUCAAGAACCUUCCCAGAGGCAAGGGUUCAAAUAUCAUUCUCUACACAGCUUAUAUUACGCGGAGAAGGGAAGAACAGGCUGCUAUUUCAGGCAACCUUGAGGUGCAUCUUUUCAUUUUCUUGCUCCUGUUGAGCAGGUCAUAUUAGUCGUACGAGUCGGCGUCUAUGCAAAAUAAUACAAUAACCCUCCAGCACGGCUUGCAAAAGGUGAAACGAUGAGCGUAACCAGUGCCAUUCUUGCACAUUUAGUUGAUGCAGGGUAUCGUAUGGACACCGACGAAGCUUUUCGUGUGAUUUAUAAAGUCCCAUCGAGCUAUCCUAAGCUACUAUAUCGAUGCCUGUUAGCAACAGCGGAAGCGACCGCAGUCAGGUUACGAAAACCGACCCAAAGCACUCGGAAGAAACUCGUUCAGGCUCCGCGCUUACCGUAGCCAAAGGUUGACUAACAGCAUGCAACUUCCUUCGCCCUUCCGCUUUUGCCAAGCCUGUAUUUUAAAAACUUUAUUUUGUUUAUCUUUUCAGUCAAUUUACCCCGUUUCCAUAUAACCAUACAGGCCUGAAGAGAAGUUAUCGAUAGCAACGUUCGCUCGCCACUUUGCCUUCUGAUUAUUUAAAAUUUGUCAAAAUGCCAUAGUGUAAAAACUCUUCACUUAUGCCCCGCCUGUGUUUUAAAACUUGCUUUUAUCGAUUUUUUCAAUCACUCGCGUGUUUGACGGUACCGUGCUUCCAUAUGAUUGUGCUGACCAGAGGAGAAGUUAUCGAAACUAAUAUUUGCUCAACAACUCGUCUUCUGCAUAUCUGGUAUCUUUUGACGAACGGUUUCUCUUUGCUCUGACAGCUUGCGCUAACGGCAAGCACAUUUUCUCGUCAAGAUUCAAAUGGAUGUAGACCUUGGAAACUGCUUAAUCCCGUAAGAGGUGGCGAUUGUUUUUGAUGUUUGAUCUUUUCAGCUAGCUCAUCAUCGAAAAGCGGCCGAGUAGCACAGAUUUGAGCAUUGUCCAGUGGAAGCCGCCCUGAGUAAGUAUAUUCAAUAUUGCAACAUGAGUAUACGGUCGGUUAAGCGUUGGCAGUUGACAGCUACUACGCGGUUGUCCCAUCUUGACCGACGGACUCCGAUUUAACUAUUUUUACCAAAUUUCGGACCGAUCUACUCCAGGCCAACGAUUCAGUCCUGAGAUUAAAAGGGCUGAUAUUUGAAAACCUCUAAUUUUGCUGAUAGAUGCGAACAGGCGAUUUCCAGGUAAGAGUUCAAAAGACGAAAAUGCGACCACUGGAACAGGAACCCAGUGAUCCAGCGAUCGCAUCUUCGUCUUCUGAACUUCUAAUUUUCUGCUAAAAAUUCCACCUUCUCCUAAACAGUUCUCCCGAAAUUGUAUUUCCUCCAGUUCGGUCUACUUUCUUACACGUUAAGCUUGUAAUCGUGAUCCGCUUUUACUUCUGUUAAUCGGAAUUGAAUUCGAAAAUAGCAAUUUCGUACAUCCUAACAGAUGCGGACGUUGAGUUUAUUUAAACCCGAAAGCAUUACUGACGAAAGUUAUCGUAACAAAUGUGAUACGCAUCUAUGUUGUUGUUUAAUUCAGCAUCGAUGGUAGCAUUAUCCACUGGCGUUUUCUCGGUCCUGACAAGGAGCUUUUAAGCGACAUGAUCAGAUUUUCGUCAUAGCAAUAUAACCAACUCCUCAGCCACUUGUCAGAGUAAACAGACGCUUAGGCUUCAAUGUGUGUCGAUCGGCCAGAGUCCAGAAGAUCUACUGAACCUCAUCACUCAAACAUUGAGCUGGGAGUUCAUAAGCAGUUCAUAAGCAUUAGGUAAAGCCUAAGGGGAACCCUGGAGCUUUUAAGGCAGAGGGGAAUAACUAAUUUCCGACGUUUCGAGAGGUCCUAUUUUUUCCUCAUUUUUCAGCCUAAACAGUUGUUUUUUAGCUGGCCUGGAAGGAAUUAAUGACGUUAAGCACAAAAAAGACGGCACGAAAAAGAAGUUAAGUGUAUGUAUUUCGAGUGCGGUAGACAAUUCUAGCUCGUUCCGGAUGGACAUGGGAUCGUCGAUUUCCAUUGUAAGUGUUCUCCACAGUUCCGCGGGGGGGGUUGUAUGGAAGGCUUUCUUCUUUGACGACAAAUGCCUAUGCUGUCUGCACCGAAUGGGUUAUCAUUGGAGCCCCAACUCUCGCAACUGUCUCAUGCAUUGACAGCAAAUCGGCGAAACGUUGCUGGACUUUUAGCUAGUGCAUGUGAUCUCAUUAUGCUAAACUAUGAGGCAUGUGCAUGUGUGCACAUACAUUCUGGGCCCAGCGUGAUUUGAAUGUUAACUAACUAGGUCAUAACAAACACUGACAUAUACUUAUGAUGACUGCUCACUUAAAAUCUUUCCUUGCAUGCCCUUCUUUUGCUUACCAGAAUCAUAUGACCCCGCAAAACGUUCUCUUCCAACUGAACAAGAGUUCUGCCAUUGAUGAAGAAGAACUUACCCGAAUUUGCUGGCGCACAAUUGAUCUGAUGGUGGGUGCCCUCCAGCAUUAUCCAUCCUCUUUCUUUACUGAUAGCUUGAUAUUUCCGUCCAUUCCUAGUUAUUAUGUCUGCCACCCCAAGUCACUGGCAAUUUGAAAUUUACGCAUGUCAUGUCACAUCACCCCAUGUCAUUGUAGCAUUCUGCCUUUCUACUGGAAAGUUUUUCCUGUGUAUAUUUGCUUCUUCAAUGAAAAAAUUAAGAUUGAUUUUACCACCACCCUGUUUAAUAUAUUCACCGUUUUGCCUAACGGGGAAAUAACAAAUUACCCUAUUUUCAAUAGGCUCAGUUAAAGGUGAAUCGAGUAAUUUUUCGAUGAGGUAGAGACGAUACGUUGUAAAUAAUGUCAACUUAUGUAAUGAGGCCAUACGUUGAGUAGCGUCUGGGACACCGAAGACAUUUCAGGGGUGCAGCGCAUUUCACAGGCAAAUGCCUGUUUGCAGCGCGGACAUGGGGACUUCAGUCUCGUCCAUUGCUGUCGAACAGACAGGAUAGACCGGCACAACUCAGUUCCAUGUGUGGAAAACAGGCACACUUAGCAUCGGUCUCGGAACUCAGCCUAACUGACCUAUAUAUAAACCGCCGAUUGUGUCGCACUAAUUAGUGACUUUCGGUACUUCAGUCUACCUACAAUAUUUAUUGAUUUUAUUCUAUACAUAAAGUUCUGUGUUAUGUCGCAAAAGGUCAAGUAGUAAUUAAUCAAGACGCCAUAAGCAGUCCUAAACUAAUGAUAGUGAGAUUGAAAACGAAUCCUUGGCUUGCCAUUCUUAAACAUCUUGGGAUACUUACGCAUUUAACUUGGCCUAGUUGACACUGAGGGUUUGUUUUUUAUUGACAUUUUGGCUCUUUUAGUGUACAUUAAAAUGUGCUGAUAAAAAUGUAUUAGGCAUUUAUGGACCACCAUUGGGUAGCCGAAAGAUCCCAGCCCUGUAUCUUCCAUAUCUUGAAUUUCCUCAGGCCUGGGGCACUUACGCCAUAUAAAAUUAUGCUUGUCGCCAUCGCUCCUUUGCAGUCCUAUGUGUGGAGGAACUAUUAAAUUUGCACGUUGUUUGACCUACUUAAUUUGUGUAAGUAGAACUUUAUGCAAUUUUUCACAAUGAACGGCAGCGUACAAAACCUUCGGCCUUUUGCCAUUUCAUUGUUCUUUACCCGAUGCACACUAAUUCACUACAGACAUCGGAGGUUCUGGCCUCAGAACCAUUCGUCGACUUAUCUAAGGAGACGGUACUGGAACUCAUCAGUCGUGACACACUCUGUUGUGAGGAAUGGGAGAUAUUUGAGGCCGUGCAUCGUUGGGCCAGCGCUGAGUGUGAUCGUCGUGGGCUGCGACCCACGUCGGCCAUAGUGACUGAUCUCAUGGCGGACUUUCUUCCCUUCAUCCGCUUCACGACAAUGUCUCUGGGAGAUUUUGUACUGCACGUUGCCAAGUCUGGAGUCCUCAGUCUGGAAUUAGUACGUCCUGCUUCUCUAAAUUUGCGUAUGUAAGGUUAUUUGACUCUUGUCAGGUUUUCUGUUCAUCACCCCCCAACCCCUCAUCCUCGAACUCAGUAACGUGCCUCAAACUAUCGGCAAAUUUUGGAAAACGCUUUCAGCUUAAGGGGCGAAGGACGUUUUAGACUUCGUAAGUCCUGCGAACGCAAUUACUUAAAUAUUGGGGAACGCGUUGAAAAGCCCACAGUUGAGACUGCGGAAAAGAAAGAUGUAUUCAUAAGAUUGCCUUUUAGAGGAGACGCAGAGAGCGAACUAGUCCGACGGCGCUUAACUACAGCUAUCACGAGGGCAUUCCCUGCGGCGAAUUUAUGCGUAUGCUUCACAAACUCUCCCCUCCUACGUUUGGCAGGUAAAGACAGACUACCGUUGGAGGCCAAAUCAAUAUGCAUUUAUUCAUUCACUUGCUGCUGUGGAGCAGGAUACAUCGGCCGCACAACGAGACGCCUGGUAAAGAGAGUACGUGAACAUAUGCCCACCUGGCUACACAGAGGUGAGACCCGGUCGAUUUCGAGUUCUAUUCUCGCGCAUUUAAUCGAUACGAACCACCGAGUCGAUGCCAAGAAAGCAUUUCAGGUUGUCUACCGGACACCAACAUGCCUCUCUAAAGGCCUACGCCAACGGAUACUAGCAACGGCAGAGGCAGUAGCUAUACGGUUAGUGAAUCCGGUGUUAUGCUGUCAGAAAACUCUGGCACAAGCGCUUUGGCUGCCGUGGCCAACGCCAAUGCCAACCCCAAGUGAUGAAGCCAUGCCGCCUCAAAUCCCUAAUCACGAUGAUGGGUACUCCGUGUACUCAACCCAAGAUCAUUACUCAAAGACUCUCUUACCCCCCUCCCCUAGCCCUGACGACUAACACCCGCCGACCUUCUCAUGCGGGCGGCGUGGGGAUGAUGAGUGUUAGUGACUUAAUAGCCCUUGAGGCAUCUAUAAACACUGUUGAUUUUGUACAUUUUCAUUCGUUUCAUGUAAUUGUAUUGGCCUGAGGAAGAAUUACCGAAAACGUGCGUUCGCCAACUUGACUUUUCAAUACUGAAGAUUUCCUGAGUCCCCUCUAACAAGCUUGAACAGAUUGUCCAUCUAAAAUCUCAGAUACGUGUUGCACUGUUGUUUCUGCUACCGCAUGACUCAGCUUGGAGGAUUUCACCUCGUCAGUGUGUCCCGCAGCGUCUUCUAUGCGAUUCUUGAUAUGUAAAUUCCAGAGAAUAAUCAAGAUAUUAACGUCAGAAUUCACUCAGCCCAGGACAUGGACUUAAUUGUCUGACAGAUGACUUUUUGUGGCCAUACCCAAAAUGUCAAUGAAUAUUCGAGUAGAAGACAACAAACUACUAUGGAAUAAUGAGGUAAUGCCAAUUUUACAUACAAAUGCUACUACGAGUUGUAUGAAAUUGUAUGACAGACGCAUUAUACUGUGCUCUCGACAUAGAUACCAGCUUAAAGCCCAGACGAUUGUUUCGCCGAUAUUUUGCCGCUGCGGGACACAGCCGCGAGGGGUUCGUCUUUUCAUUGGGACACCCAGCGUUCUCUGUGCGGUUUCUGGUAUAUGAACUCCAGAGAAUAAUCGAGAGAAUAAUGUCAGAAAUCCUUUAGCCCAGGACAUGGAUUUGAGUGACUGACACGUGACGUUUUUGGGUCAUACCCAAAAUUUCAAUGAACAGUCGAGUAGAAGUCAACUAACGGUAUAAUCACGUAAUGGCCAUUCUGCAAGCAAGUAGUACUUCGAGUGGUAUGAAUUCCAUAUGGUAAAGGUAUUAUACCGUAAUUCCUACAUAGAUACAAGCUAAAAGCCCAGACGAGUGUUUCGCCGAUAUUCUGCCAGUGCCUGGCACAGCCUUGAGGGGGUUGGCUCCCCAGUGGGCUCUUCAGCGUUCUCUCUGCGGUUCCUGACAGACAAACUCCAGAGAAUAAUCAAGCGAAUAAUUUCAGAAAUUAUUCAGCGCAGGGAAUGCAGUAAAGUCUCUGGGGAAAGAAUUUUCAGAUUUAAAUCCGGAAAUAAAAUGAACAUUUGGAUCAAGGACAAUAGCUUGCAGAAUGCCCAUUCUACGAAAUUAGCAGUAAUACAAGUAGUUUGAAUUUUAUAUGAAAAAUACUAGCUAAAAAUCUAGACAAUUUUUCCACGUUUUUUACUGCUGCACAAGAGCUGAACAUCUCACAGCUGCGCCGUUCGUCAUGCGUAUUAUUUGAACGAUUACUUUAUUGCGAUUAUUUUACGUAUCCAAGACAGACAGCUCCAAAAAUUAGAGUUACCUAUUUGCUGCAUCCUGUAGCUCAUAUUCGGCUGAUUUUUACAGAUUGAAGAUAGCUCUGCCUGGACUGGUUAGUGCAUAGCAUCCGCCAACCUCCUAAAAAAACCCCAAACAGCUCUAAUUGUAAGCUUUUCUUGAACGUCUUUAACCCCUGAUUACUGACUUGUUUCUCCUAGCAAAGGGAUAUCUCGGUGUUUAUUGCAACAAAGAUGUUCUCACAGGAGGAAUUAUCCAGGAAGGGCAGUGAUUCGUAUGGCAACCCCCCUGCUGUGCUCGUUGGUGAUGGCGAUGCCGAUAAACCCGUCUCCUCUACCAAUCACCUUCCAACUAAUCUGGCGAUAUCCGCGGCUCCACGUUCUGGACCGCCUCUUGUACGCUGUUUGCGCUCAUCUCACGCUAUGGUUCCAAUGUCAAAGGAGGGCUACUGGCAAGAGCCUGAGGCAGUUGCCUUCGAGGUACAGUUAACCCUUCACUAGAAAAACUGCGUGUACAUUUGAACAAAAUUCAUGCUGCUCUUCAGGGCAUCCUUAUCUACAUAGAAACCGGACCGCGUCCGAAAUAGAAAUCAGAUUGUCUGUAACACGACAAGACAGUCCGCUUAAAUUUGUCAGCUACUUUGUCGUGUCAAACAGAGGUUGCCUCGACGUUGGGAGCAAGACGAGAAAGUGCGGUAGAUGCUGAGCAAAUUAUUUCCGUUGGAACUGCCUCGUGGGGUAACAUUGAACAUCGUUAAUUGCAACAUGAAUUUUUGUUCAGGGCGGUACAUGACACGCAGAUAGGGGAUACAUCAGCUAACUGUUAUUUCGCCCCACCUUUCGAGAUGAAGGUGGCUAGGUUUGACCUCUGCCUCGCACCCAGCUCCCAUUAAUGGCUCCGCUACGCUUUACAUCUUGCGGCAGGCAUAAGUCUGCAUUCACUUCGAGCCAGGGGUAAAGAAAAGAUAGAAUUUGCAAGAGUGACUGUAAUGUGAUCGAUGUGUAUCCCUCUGCCAUUAUUUACAUAUCCGAUAGCAACCAACAGGACAACCGACUCGUUACUUAGGCGUUAGAGCCUUGGAAUUUUGACCAACAGCAAGCCAGGUCGAACCUGUGGAAUAGCUAAACCCUUGGAGUGGAUACGGCUAGCUGGUGAGGACCAAUUAGCCAGAGCUAGCCAUCCCAACCUCUUGUCUAAUUGCCAGUAGUUUUUUUCUGCCUAUACUGCUGGCCACUGCGCGGUUGCUGGUAGGACUCGAGAUUGAGUCUUAAGGCACAAAGCGGAACGUGUGUAUCUUGUAGAACCACAAAAACGCCGGACUACAGCCACCUUGAUAGCCAAGGUUGAAAAUUUAGUGUUAUUACGAUGCUACUACCAGCAUUCAAGUAAAAGAUGUUUAUACAAUUUCUUACUUCCAAACCACGUUGCUCACUGCUGCUCGCAUUCACCACGAUGCCUGCAGACUAAAAAAAAUUUUACUUCUUUUCCGGUAUCUUAGGUGUGCUUCAACCGUCUGCUGCAUUUAAUCAACCAACCGAGUUCAUAUGCCUCUAAGUGCUGUUAACGGCUGAAAUUCUGUGUUUAUUUGUGCAGCUUUUGUUAUUCCCUUUGUAUGUCUUUCAUGUUACUUCCUUUCCAUUCUCUCCAUAUACUUCCUUCACAUGUAACCAAUAGGGUUUUCAAAGGUAAACACCUACUUUUCCCUGAAAUACACUGAUACUGAGUGCGUGAGCGUUCCUCUACUGUUGUUAAAAGGGCUUUAGGGAUUGUGAGUCUACCAUGCAAUGAUUGUGCAAAUCAGAGCUUUGUGUUCGCUGGCGACUCUUUGGCACCUGGUUUCCUGCCAGUGGAUACGUUUGCGCUGCCGCUCGGUAUAGGGGUCGUGUGAAUGGUUGCCCAGUGACUUGUUUCAUCCCUUCUUUCUUCUGACCCGUUGAUUUUGUUGUUAGUUAAGACCCUGGCGAAGUGUUUGUUGUGGACCAGGGGGUGUGGCGGCACGCCUAUGUGGGGAUAAGACCAUGCCUGCCACCAGCGUCUUACCCCAUCUCCGGUCUUCUUGACUAUCGCUUGACACCGAGCCAAUGUGAGGGAGGUGAGAGUGCGGUGGACGCUGGGCAAGUCCACUCCCACUACAAACUUGUUUACGCUGAAGUUACCGUGCCCGGUUCACCUCGCUGCAGAGCACACGGUGGACAUCAUCGGACUCGACGGUCGGACUGUCACCCUUGCUAAAAUGAGGGGAUUAGCAGGUGCGAUGUCCUUCGCCUAGUGUACCUAGGAGUGUGAAGACCGAUUCGACGAUCCAGCUGUGUGAUGGCAAGCGUACACAAAUGCUUUGGGUCUUGUCGAUCAUAGCUGUUUGACCCGUCUCUCUCCUGUAGACUUUUAGAAGGACUUUUUAUUCCUAUAAAUGGGUCAUUUUACUCACAAACCAAUGUCGCGCCGCUGCUGUAGCUGCCUCACCUUCUUUGAACCAGAGGACUGGUGGAUUAAGCUGACUACUCAAUCAAUAAAAUUUUUAUCGGUAGUUACUGACUGGAAAUUUUAGCAUAAAUUCGUCAAGUAAAGUAACAGAGAUUUUCUGCCUGGCUGAUAUGCACACAAAGCGAUGCAUGAUAUAGGUAUAAUUUUACUACCGGAUAUUUAUUCCCGUGCCGUCAGUAUUUCCAAUCGUGUCUGAUAGAACGACUGACACGUGACGCAACGGUGGAGCGUUGCACUACCUAGCGUACAAUAACCAAAGAACUCGGGCUCGAACCCCCAUUCAUCCGAGCUGGAGGUAUGGUAUGUUUGAAUGGUGCGACUAAAAGGCCAUCGCUGAUAGAGGCGAACAGGCGAGUUCCAGAUAGCAGUUCAGAAGACGAAGAUGCGAUCACUGGAAUAAGAAUCCGAAACGUCAGGCCAAUAAGUUUCUUGUUCCAGUGAUCGCAUCUUCAUCUUCUAAAAGGCCAUCGCUAUUUCUCCCUACAUGCUCUAACACUUUCUGCAAGUUUUCAUGCAACCUCGAAAACAGCACAGCCGAGUCCACCAACGCACGCCGCAUUAUGAAACGCAAGCACUUGCGUUGGCAAUCAGUAGCAUGCAUCCGCAGCUCGUUUACUCUAGUUGUCGACAUUUAAACACUGACAGAGGCAUAAACUCUUUCAAGGUCGUCGUAGAUGGGCCUGCUCGCGCAGUUUGACUGCGCUAACAGGUGUGCGCUACUUUUGAUAUUAGCGUAAUAUGUUCGUGUGUCCUGUACCACAACUCCGAUACAGCCACGACAUCCAACACAUCCACUACGCCCAGACCCAUCCUCGCUCCAUCGUCACACGCGCCGACCAAGGCCACCAACACCACUGCUUCCUCUAAAGCUGACACCGACACCGCCGACCUCUCAUGCCCACACUGUCCACGCACAUUCACCUCACGCAUCGGCCUGGUCGGUCAUUUGCGAAUCCAUCGCAAAGAGACUGGCGAACCAGUGCCUGGAGCACCAACCUACACCCACCGCACUCGCCUCCACUGCCCACACUGCCCUCGCACCUUCACGCAUCGCAUGGGUCUAUUCGGCCACAUGCGCAUCCACGACGACCUGCGGUAGACAACCGCCGGUCUCACCACACAUUCCCUCACUCCCUACCUCCUAACACCAUCAUCCCACCAGACAUCAACCCUCACACACCUCAUGCACUCAACUGCCGCCUCCCACGCAAGUGGGAAGUGUGCAUCUCGACUCGGUCCCCAUGCGGCUUCCGCUGCACGGGUGACUUGUGUCCGAGACCAUCUCGAAACGUCAAGCGUCGUGGAUAGGAAGGUUGCUGAUUGAGGCCCGCUCUCGGUUCACGCAGUUCGUCACGUUGUGUGUGUGUGUGUUGUGUGUAGUGGCGGACUGGUGGGCUGGGGACAGGCUGCAACUGCACCUUCCACGGCACUCUCACGCAAGCGAGAGACACGCCGUUCAACCCCCGUUGUGUGAAAUCCUGGUGUUUGUGUGUGUAUGGGGGGCCAGGUCGUGCUGUGGCGCGCGCAGGCAUGGUCAGUCGACCAUGACAGCCACCGCGCCCACUCCCCACUCCAGUCUGCUGACCGGCUCGGACAGCGGCUGGGGUGUGGGAGUGGGAAGGGAGAGUGAGGUCGACGACUCAGCGCACUUUCUCCUCACUAUAAACAAUCUGACGCGCUUGAAGCUAUCACGGUGCGGUAAAAGCCGUGGCUUAGAAGGUUGUCAACUGACGGGGUACCUUGGACCUCCUCCUUGACCGGAGGCGGUCUGAGAGUCAGGCUGCAAUGGCUCCUUUUUAAUGUGGCCUUUAUGGCACUCUCACCACAGUGUGGGAUCCGAGACAGGCGUUGGCGGCACGCCUAGGUGCGGCUUCGGCCGUGCCAGCCUCCAAAUCUCUGUUGUGUUGGCUAAAAUCCUGGUUGUUUGUUGUGUGGGCCAUGGGGUGCGGAGUGGAGCGCCAAGGCGAAGAUCCGUCCGAGUCAUCCACCUGCGGCCUCCCCCGUCUCCGGUUUUCUUGACUCUGUCUUGACACCGGGUCCAGGCGGGGGAGGAGGAGAGAGUCUAGGCAGAUGCAGCGCAAAUCUACCGGCACUAUAAACCCUUGCGCAAGUCACCGUCCCUGCUCCCACCGCCGCUGCAGCUGUGGGGCACACGGUGGACAUCGUCGAAAUCGACGGUCGAACUGUCGAACCACAAAUUGUGUAAAGAACAGGUUCUCCCUACAAGCAUCUUUCUUGUUUUGUCACAGACUGUGGACCUGACUACGGUUGUCUCAAACUAGGUCUCAAUUGCACCUCUUAGUCAUUCAGGUAAAAAAUAAUCUGUCGUUUUCAUCGCGGUUUACCAUUGUGAUUGUAGAAUUUUAGAAUAAAAGCCAAUCGCAGUUUUCAGCAGCCAACAUUUUGCUGCUAUUAUUAUCCCCUUUCCAGACUACGCGCUGUUAACCGCUUACAAUGGGAAAUUGGGCACAAUCGAAUUGUUAGCCUUAUAGAUGCCUUACAACCUGACUAAACGCGUUCUAAAACACAUGCUACUCAAACAUAUUCAGUGAAAAUAAUACCUUGUACGACAGUUUGCGGUGUGGUUAUAAACCAACCGAUAUUAACAAGUUCUACUGUUGCACUAAGAUUACAUGCGCAUAUUCCUCUUGCCAAAGGUUUCCUCUACUGUCUUCCUGGCCGGAAUUGGUGUCUCAGAGCCGGUUGGAAGAGGCAGCAGUCUCAAGCUGAAAAUCGAGGUACGGCGUUGCAGUAUUCGCCAAACUGUUCACGUCGACACUGGCGCACGCUUCCACACGGUUGGCGUCUCCACCUCAAUCCACCGUCACUCGCAUCAACUGCACAGUGUGAGUACCCAGUCUGCGUACCUUCCGCGUCCCGGCGACGACACGCGACGUCGUAUACUGCGUUCUGGCGGCGGAGGAGGUGGUGGCAGCAACAGCUACCGACCACCUCUGCCCUCAAGUCUCGACCAAUCAAACUCGCGGGCAUCCGGUGGCAGAUCAGGCCUCAAGCUGUUGGUUAAUCGCACGCAUGUUUUAGGCAGUACCGAGACAGUUAUUCGCGGCAGCGGUUCACGGCCCGUGGCUCAGAUUCGUUUCCCGAAGCCCAUCAUGGUGAGUAGGCAGGAUAUUGUGAUGUCUACUUUAUUCUGAUUAAGUACCUAGCAAAAUGUAGCUCGCCAGAGGGGCUGCUUAUCUUCGCCUGUGGCCACGCCCCGGCAAACAGUAGGAUUUUAGGCUACAUGGUCUAUCUCCUUUUCAGUCCCCAAACACUUAAGCGGUCAUUUUUUAAUGAACACAAUGUCAUGAAUUUUAAGUACUCGAUUACUUUUAGCAUUCUACAUGCGUCGGUUAUCGAAAAAAGCAAAGGAAUUGAGGUCCAACUCAUGCCUAGCUAUAACAUCGGCCUUAAAAUCUUCCUCUUAACCAGUCACUCAAGCUUAGUCUCCCUCAAGCAGCCCAGGUAAACCGCCGCCUGACGGGCUGUGAGUCAGAGCAAGGUGAAAUAUCGCCAAGAAUGGAUUGGAAGGCUAGCGGCAGUGGAAUUGCCCACCGGCCCAGAGCCGCUAUGUGCAUCAAGGUCAUGAAAACCAAAGACCGGUUAAAGGCCGAGGACCAAUCUGGGUUAGCGUAUCGCAUCCCGUGCCGAAAUUGUCUUUGUAAUCAAACAGGGCAGACUGGACGCCAGUUAGGAUUACGCAUACACAAAAGUGGGCUGGCUGUGCAACGAAUCCUCACAAGGGAAUACCUACAUCUACGAAACGUGUCAUAGGUUUGACUCUCUCAGCCACUAAGACUAUCGCCUACACCCGAAGCAAAACAGGCCGAGAAUUGGUUGAAACCUGGACCCCGGAUGAUAAUGCUGUCAAUCGAUUGAUCUGGCGCCUCCAGACUUGAGUCACCGAUCGGUGAUUGGCUGGCACCCCCUACAAUUGUCGGUUGUCCUUUUAUUUGUACCAUUUCUGACGAUUUCACGAUUUCGAAAGCGCUGAACAGGCUAUUCCGGUGCUUAGCCAGUCUUCUCCAUUUACGGGCAGUUAUCUCUUGCGGGCUAGACUCUGUACCCUCACGUCUUCUGCCUUGCAGCUAAAAGGAGGCAAGACCUACGUCGUGAUUGUGAGGCCGGAGGAAGGAAGACAUACAAGGUGUUACGUGCAUAUGAACGUCGCCCGCACAGAGGUUCGAGUGAAGACAAGGCGUUCGAAGCAGGGUGAGAAGCCGCCCGCCUCCGCCUCCUGGUUCCCCCUCGCUGUGCCCAAGCACGUUGUCUUCCAUUUCUACUACUGUGACAAGAGCCAGACCAACUGCUCUACCGAAGGCAACCACAUUCCAGAGAUCUUAUUCUGCCCGCCGACAUGA